GGGUGAAGAAAUGAAUAAUUGACAGGUAAAACUACUUUAUAAGAGUGUAACGAGACUGAAAAGGCAGAGAGACUUGUUGCUGUGUGCUGGGCGGGCCUAAACGCUGUUGUGCGCCAUGCGGGGGGUGUCAAUUGAAGGGGAGGAAAAAAAAACGACUGAAGGGAGUUACCUCAGCGCUCUGCGAGAUAUGAGAUCUGGCCAUUUUCCAGGCGUCCCCCCUCUCUAUUAAAGAAGAAAAUCAGGAAAAUCAGAGGGGAAAGAGAGACAGAAACACAGCCACAUUUGCAAAAGGUCGCCCUGAAGAGAGAUUAUAGCGCCUUUCUGCGGGCGGAUCAGUCGGAGUGAAUCUAACGUGCAUGCACAGUAUUUCUACCCUCGUGCGCGCGCGUGUGUGUGUGUGUUUACAAGUGUUUGAACGAGUGCCAGAAACGAGGGAAGAAGGAGGAUAAAGCCAAGGAAGGAGGGAUGGUGGACAAUUCAGGCAGCAGUAAGGCACAAAUGGUGAGUCGUGGUCUUGCUCGGAGUGUCUCUUCGUGUCUCAGAUCCGUCACGAGUGAAAAAAAAUCGUAGUUUGACCGCGUUUUAUUUACGGAAAGAGUAAGCAAGCUGAACGCUGACGCCACACUUUCCUUAAAAAAAAGAAGAAAAAAAAACUUGAGUUUCUUUUGCUCCUAUGGUAGGUUACUUUUUUACUUAAUUUUCAGCCCUACGGUAACUCUGUUAAGCGCUUUUGUAAAAAUGGUCAAUGUUUAUGGAGUAGUUUUGCCUGUUUCCUAAAAUGUAUAAUGCUAACGUUAUAUCCACGUAUUAUGAGGAUGUGGCAGCAGCAAAAAGCGGAAAAGGGUGCAUUUCAUUUGUACAAUCUUAACUUCUUAUCACGAGUGGUUAUUCGUCCUAAAAGGGUGACCGAAGUUUAACCUUUAGUCUUAGCUCGUCAAUAGUAAAGUUUAUCCUUUUUUUGUGGAACCACUAGUUUUAAAUGCUGUACUUAGUUGUGACCAUUUUACAGUCCCAGCUAGAAGUGGAGCUGAACAUUUGGCCCCUGCUUGGUUGAAAGUGUGAUUACAUUUAUUCAUGAAAAUCUCUAAAGGCCAUGUUCUGUAAUACAAGAACUAAUGGUUCAUCUGAGAUUAAAAAAGCAAAUGUAUUAUGUUUAAAAAUACAACACUUAAAGAAGGAUAAAUGACAAUGCCAAAAUAAAGAUAGUUUGAUUCUAAUGUAAUUGGAUUUAGAAUUAGGGUCAACAGAUGAUUGCCCUGGCAGAUUAUUGAGGGCCGAUUUUCGAUAUUUGGCUGGUUAUCUGUGUCAGUGUUUAAUUGUACUGAUCCCUGAUAACAGUCAGUUAAAAUGUGUGCUACUUUGGCUCUUUUGCAGGUGAAUCUAUUCCUGUAGGUCUGUUUUCACUCACCACCCUUUUCACCUUAUGUCCCGCCAUCAACUACUGACACUUUUUCUCGAGUGAAGAAUCCGAGCACUUGUACAACUGGUUGAUAUGUACAUAAACUGUAAAACGUGUAUAUUUUUCAGAGGUAAAACUCACCUUUGUUGGUUUUAUACAUACUAAUCUAUAAUCAUUUUCUGAUGGAAUAGUCUUUUUUAUUUUGAUGACAGGCUCACGUUCUGAAAUUUGACAGAAAAAUUGUCACUUUGAAUGUUAACAUAUAACAGUACCAAAUAUCAGUUAUUAGUCCUGUGAACUUGGAAUAAUCAGCGCCAGUAUGGGCCCUUACAAAAAGUAUCAGUAUCAGUAUCAAUUAGGGUUUAAAUAAAACUUUACAAUAAGAUAUAGAUUGACUUUUGCAAACAACCCGUUCUCAUUACAUGUAAACUACAUAUCAUCACAGUUGAUCAUGUGGGAUGGCAGGUACCUUUAUGAAAUACUUCAACCAUGUUUCUCAGGCAGUACAUUAUUAUGUCCAAACCUCGUCAGACAACAUUCUCAGGGAGCCAUGGUUCAAAUAAAGGUGACAAAUGUUGGUCAGUGGCCAGCAAAAUGUCGACAACCUUGAUGGCAUACUUUAAAGGUUUGAACUUGCAAAGCUGCCAAAAAGCAAAUCAAUUAAACAACGUGAUGGAUACUAGACAUAGUGUCACAUAACCUCUGCCAGAACCUCUCAAGUUUAGGACACUGUGCAGUUUAUGUGGGGACAUAUGGAGUUCACGCAGAGUUGAGUCAUGUUUUAAAUUCUUGUAUCAUAAAGUGAUUGUCUAAUUUUUUAAUAUUGAUUGCACAUUGAAUAUUUACUCCCUUAAUCUGCAAACAUGUUUUUGAGGAUUGCUUCAGUCCAUUUUACUUUGAGAAGACUUUUGCUUUGAAGCAGGUCUGGUAUUAGUGCUGCAUUUAAAGGUUUACAUAUCUUUUCUACUUCAGAUUCUCUUACAAAAGGUCUGGUGUUUGUGUAAUUUAUUAAAUUGAGGGAUUAAGACACAAAGAAAAACGAGAUAUGCUGUACUUUAUAUCACCAAAUUGAAAUCAAAUUUGUUGUUGUGCUGAAAGUUUUCUAACUUUUUUCUUAGUUUCUCAAAAAUGUACAUGGCGCAAGAUAAACACUGCAGGUUUUGACUGUAUAAACUUGAAGUAGAUGUUAUUGCUGAAUAAUCUGUUUUUGUGAGAGCUCAUGUUUAAAUCAGACCCCUCAUUCAGAUAGGGAAGGGGGGGUUUAGAGGCAUAGGAUGAAAGGGUCAUUACAUUUUUGAUGUGCGAUAGAAUUUCCCUGACUCUUUUUCUUCCUCCCACAGCCCAGCAUGUCUCAGGAGUCUGGUGUGGCCUUUCCUCAGAGCACCUCUACAGGGGGGAUGAAGCUGGAGGCAGUAAUGGAGCAGCUCCAGCGCCAGCAGCAGGCCAGACUGGAAAUGGAGCGCAAGGAGAGGAAGCUGCGAGAGGCCCACAUCAUGUAUGCUCAGCAAGUUGCUGCCCAGCAGGCUAUCCUGGCGGCCGCUCGGGCCUCUGGGGCCAGCUUCAUGGGCAAAGGCCUUCCUGUAGGGGUCCCAGGUGGCGGGCUGCCUCCCCGGGUUUCCAAUCAGAGCAGCGUGGACUCGGAGAGAGAAGAUGACGAGGACAGGGGCCGGGAUUCUGGGGAUGAGGAUGAAGACAAUGAGAUGAUGGAGGGGGAUGAAGGAAGUGAUGAAGAUGAGGGCAGUGCCAGUGGUCUAGAGUUCCUCCGUAAGCAGACCCUCGCUUUGCAGCAGAGCGCCUCCCGUAUCCCAGCUCGUCCGUACGGCAGUUACUCAGCAUCCGCCCCCCAGAGGGCUGCAUCCCCACCUAUCAGAGUGAAACAGGAACCUGAUGAGGGUCUGUCUCCGGCGGGGCCUCACUCCGCUACUUCACCUAACGGACAGGCUGACUGGGGCUUUGAUGAUCACUUCAGACAGGUUAGUACUCUGCCCCGCUCUGGUGCCGCACCGUUCCUUUAUAUCAGACUAGUUCUGGGUUCAGGCAGCGAUGCUUUCAGACAUUGACCUCAACAAAAAAGUUCCUCGACCCAGGCUGGCACUCUCCCUUCAUGAAGCCUACUCUGUGUGUAAAGACGUUAAGUCGUAACAUCACUAGGUUUUUCGUGACUCAGCAUUGAGCCAAAUAAUGAAAUGUCUUAGUCAUUGUGUCUCCUGGGGAGGUAAGCCUUUCCCACUCUCACCCUCUUCCACUCUCCUGUUGAGUGUUUUGUUGGAUAUCUCAGUGCAGCCCCCCUGCUGUGAGUGACUGCUUAAUCUUGACUGUUGGACAAACCUCUCCAGCUGUAUCUUUGUGAGACACUUCAAAUCUCUGUGGAUGGUUGACCGCUGAUUGGCUUUUGUGGCUUCAAAAUCCUCCUAAGUGAGUCCUGGCAGCAGGCCAGGUUGGGGCGCAAUGUGUUCACACUCACUGCUUCUCUCCUUCUGCGCUCACACUGUGUGUGUGUUUGUGUGUGUGUGUGUGUCUUGUUCUCUGUCCCUCUUGGCGCUCAGCUCAGGCUCUGGUUUGGCUCGGAUCCAGGUAGCGGAGUCAGGAGGGGCAGGGCAUGCCGCUGUGAGGCUGUGGGUGGUUGGCUGGGUCAGCACGAGGAUUUUGGGUGGGUGGGAAGGUUAGAUGUAGUACACCACGGUAGCAACCCGCCGUCACACCCCCGCCAUCCCAAGAGUUUCGGCUGUGUGCCAAGUGCACUUUCCCUUGAAGGUAAAUAUUGCCUCAGCACAGUGUUACAGGACGCAGGAAUGCCAACUGGGAGCCGAGCCGAGCUACAUGUGGUUUGGCAUCAUAGCUUGGGAAAUAGCAAGUUACAGAGAGCUCAGCAGCCUGCAGGUGAUAUAAAAAGCACUCGUUGCACAAGAGUGGGCAGUGACAGAGGACAUAUCUGAGCUUGAUCAGUGGGCUGAGGGUGCUGGACUAUCAUGUGUCUGGGUUUUAUUACUGGCUAUUUAAAGGCAAAUGUCAUUGAAUGGCUCUCCCUUGGACCCGUUUCCAAAUUUAGUGAAGGCAGUAGCUUACAGACAACAGGAGGAGGAGACAUAGAAGUAGGAGUGGUUUUUAAAAAAUGAUCAAAGAUUUAGUAGAUGAUUAAAAAUCUCACUCCGUGUGAUGUGAACAUCCUAUAAAGUAGAGUGUCUCUUCAUUGUUUGGUCUGCUUAUUGUGUCCAGAGGUGUCAGAAACACUGGAGGAUUGUCAUUGUGUGAGUUGGCCCAGGCUUUGUCUGAACAUUGGCUGAACAGAAGAUCACAGCAGCAAAGUUGUAGCUGACCAGGGCCAUAUCUGUGGCCUGGUGUCUUUUAUUAGGAGGGGAGAGGCGGGCUGGGCCUGGGGGUUGGGGGAGGCAUUAUGGGACGAGAAUUGGUCUGGCCUUUUUUUGUUUCCUCUCUUUUAUCUUUCCUGUCAUUAUGUCAGCUCUGCAGUAUUUAAUGACGGCUCAUCUCUUCAGGCAGUUUCAGGUUGCACCGCUGUAGGGGGAGGGGUACAGUGGAGGGGAGGUAGGGGAACUGUUUUUUUUUUUUUCUUUUUUUUGAUGUCAUUGUCUUUGAGAGGCCAGAGACAAGCCUGGCAGAUGCCACAAAUACCGACCUCUGCAAUAAUAAGGGGAGCACAUUUAUUAUCUUCUAAAAGCAGUGGCAGGGAGGAGAUUGGAUGACUGGCCUGGAAAGACUAAUGUACCCAUUAAUGCAGCCAUUCACAUCAACAUUUCUUUGAGCUCAUCUCAUAUAUAUUAGAGGCUCUUUCCCAAAGUGAUCUGUGACUGAGACACUGGUAUGCUCUUGAGCUCUAGCUGAUAAGAGUGACAAGUUUGAUUCCUGAUUUCAUCCAGAGCAGUUUACAAAGAGAGAGACAGGGUUAUAACUAUGGCUGGCCCCAAAAUAGUUAACCAAACUCUCAGUUGAUGUAAAAAGUCUUGAUUGGACCAGUUAUUGAUCAGUUGGUGGCUCUUAAGUUUGAGUAAGUGGUUGUCAACUUUGAAUCCUUUAAAUUGUUGCCAUGCACAGUCACAGUGAACUACAGUUAUAGUUUUGUAAGCUGAUUUUAGGAGUCUAGUGUCCUCGUACCAGUCUAUAAGCAAUAGGCAGGAAAAGCAUUGAUUACAUUAGAUAUUCCAUAGUUCUGUUUUACUAAAGCAUUAAGAUAACAAUCUCCCUUAAACUUUUUCACAAUGUGAUACCCAAACAGCACAAGGCAUCUUGUCGUGGGUUGUGUUUUAGCAUGGUCUUCAUCAAGAAAAUGACGCUAAAGUUGUGUUAAGGUUGGCAUAUGACCACUUGACCUGAGAAAAGUGUCCCAAACACACACAUUUCAUUAUUGUCCUGAGGACUAAGAGUGGGUGGUGCUGGCUCUGCUAGUGGAAGCCCCACUUGGCAAACCAUUUGACAUUGUUUACUUACAGACUUUGAGAUCUGGUGUGAAGACAUGUUGGAGGAAUUGUGUUCAAUGCUGACUGUUUUAUGAGUUUUUUUCCUUGUUUUUGGUCUGGACAGUUAGUUUGGAUUUAAACUGAGACUGGCGUAGUAACUUACUAUGAUUGUUACAGCACUCUUGUGGAAUUGCAAAGUGAGGGGCUUGUGACAUUUACAUUGAGGCGUAAAAGUCUUUAACUAAGAAGGCUUAUUUCUUGUGACCUUCAUGAGCUAGUGAGCUAAUAUUUGUAGCAGCCCAGAGAGGAGCUAAAGCCAGCUGAGUUAGCCUAGAGAAGCUUGUAGUUUCCUAGCCAAAUCAGUCACCUUAAUGUUUUUGACUUAUGUAGAGUCAUGGCUCCUUUUGCCAUUUGCACUAUUGUAAACAGGUUGUUGUUUCUAAUACUCAGGCUCUUAAUCAUGGCUCUUUAUUCCCCCCAAAAAACAUCACAAUGUUUAACAUUGAUUCUUAAAUCAUGUUUCUACUGCUUUGUACCUCGAGCCAUUCUCUCAUGCCCUAAAACAGGUGAAUCAUUUAAUUGAUUCUUAUAGUUUCAUGGACUUGAAAAGCAAGUUGAGUUUAACUUGAACUGAAACUACUCGUCUGUCAGGAUUUCAGUGAGGGACAGCCUUUGUUUAACACAGUGUUACCUUGAGUGAUGGCUCAUGCUCACUCUCCACUUAUUGGUUGGUUAGCUAGUUAGCAGUCAUGAGCUUUGCUAAAGCCAAUUGAAUCCAUCCCAAACAAGCUUCAUGAGGGUUGUACUGCCCCAGCAAAUGUUUUCUCAGUCAGACUUGGGCAAAAAUGGGCUAAAGAUAACUAAUGGAGUACAGCCCUGAUGAUGUUUAUUUGUGGGUUUAUCAUCAUUCAAGCAGCUGCCUGUGAUGACUGCACUUAAAGCGAUAUAAUGGGUGGAACAUGAGUCAUACACAGCAGUAUAAGAACAAACAGCCAGUACGUACAUCUACAUGUCGUAACAAGGUAAUGUUCAGGUCUAUGUCUCUGCCUCACCCAGCAACAACACUUGACUGACAACUCUUUGAUUAGUCCUUGUUGUUGUGCUGUAAUCCUCACUUCUCUAGUGUAUCUGAGUUUGAAGGGCCGGUACAGGUCAGAUAGGGGGUGGACAGGCGCGGAUAGCCAGUGUUUUUAUGUCAGUGAUGUAUGCGUGGUGACCUCGGCCCUGUCCUAAACAGCAGAGUAAAUAAUUGUCAAACAAGGGGAUGGACAAAGGCGUCGCGUGGUGGGAGAGAGCAGGGCGGGCAGCAGGCCAGCCUCAGCACUGUGGCCUCCGCCGCAGUGGGACAGAGGCUGCGUGACCCCUGUAAUCCACCCCCCACCCUUUCCGCUCACACAUACACACUUGUCCGUAGACCCCUCUGUUCCUUGUGAUAAUCUCCCCUGUGAUUAAUGGAGUUUUAAUCAUGCCAGCAGAACACACAUUGCGUCACGUGUUGAAGUAUAUUAGUGGUGGCACUGCUCCAGUUGCAUCAGCUGGAUGUUGUACAAAAAAAGAUGUGGUGUGGCGUGCCACAGGUGGUGAGUGAGUUAGUGAGGUGGCCUUUGUUCUUGAGAUUUACAAGUUUUACGUUUGCUGUUUUCUGUUUGUUCCUGUGCACCUUCUGACAAAUGAGACAAAGUGGAGUCAGCCAACAGAGCAUGUCUACAUUUGCAUUGCUGUGAUCACAGAGCGGAGAGAUGACAAGGCUGCGAGAGAGACAGGUCUUCUCUCUUCAUAUUGCAGGACUGAAGACAGACUCUUCCUGUAAGUUGUGUCUGGCAGGCAUUUAAACAGGCAUCAAGUCAAUUCAGUUGAAUCUACAUUUCUUGGUAGAGCUGCUUCUUUGGAGACACCAGUGCCCAAAAAUGCCUUUUAUACAGUAUGUUGUUAAAUAUGUUCUAAACAAAACGCUAUCAGUCUCAAGAUUUCCUGACUGCCUUUAACCCAUGAUCAGGCAUCCAUUAAGAAAAACAUUUUAAGGUUGAUUUCUGUUUCUCUCAAAGACAGACCCCAUGGAGUUUGUGUUUUACCUCAUGUGUUAUUUUGUCAAACCUGCGACCUGUAAACUGCGAGUGAAUCUCAGGAAAAGAGAGGAGGAGGGUGUUCAUACCAUUUCAAGUAAGUCAGCGUAAAGCCGAAGUGUAACUUAAUACAGUUACUACUAGUUAAACAUCCAUCUCUCCCCUGUCCAACUUAAUUGCAAAUCCAGGAUUUCAAUUCAAAGUCAAGAAGGGCAAAUUAAAAUCUGAGAUUUUGUUAUCAGGUCACGUAGCCCAGCCUUAGGUUAUAUAUUUAGCGGGCUUGAUUGCAAGGGGUUAGAUAAUAACCUUCUGCAGCCUGAUUGGAUUUGUGGUUUGACAUUUGGGACGCAGAGACGUGUAAAUCUAGGAAUGCUCCAAAUCUGGAAAAGCAGGAGGGUGUUAUUUCAGAAGUAAAUCAUUGCAGAGACACUGAGGGCUGCAUUAGCCACAGAGAAAAAUGUCGGCCAACCAAGGCAAGAAGACCACAGUAGUCCAAAUCUGGUUUCUGGGGGUAACUGGACAUCUGUUGCUGCUGAGCCCCUACAUGAUUUGCUGUCCCUGAUCCCAUCCUCUGCUGCCCAGGCACCAAAGCCUGUCUGUUGAGCCGGCACUGUUGCAUAAUUUAACUGUCGCCCCAGCAACACAUCAGCCAGGAAGUGGGGAGCUGCACGGCUGCAGCGCAGAGAUCAAUAAGGAUUGUGUGUGAGCUUUUAGAGGCAGGAAUGUUUGGCCUCAUUUAUGGUUCAUUUAUGAUAGAUGAGGAGGACAUUGUAUUCAGCAAAUGGACUCAAGUUGGACUCAUUUUGACAGAGGAAUGUGGAACAACUCUUCACUGGUUAUCAGGCGAUCACUGCAGGGUUGUUGGGAAGGCUGCUGGAUGUGUGAGAAUCAUACAAUAGUAUCGCCAUGUGUCUAAGUAGUUACUCAGUGGGAGUCUGGAGGCCUCAGUGCCUGGUGUGCUUGCUGCACACGCAAUUCUGACCUGGUUCCAGCUUUCUUAAUGUAAUGUUGAUGUCUAACAUGCCAUAACUAUCAGUGGGUUUCAAAUGGUGUACUUAGUCUUAUUCUGUUUACUGGACUUCCUGUAAUGCUGAUGUAAUAAGGAUGGAAUUACCGUCUGACCCCUGCUUGUACAAACCGCCUGCAAAUGGAGGUCACUCAGAUUAGAAAUAAUGAGCGAGGCCGAGGUCCAUUAAAACAUGUGGCAGUGAUUUCACAGGACAACAGGCUUGACUUUAAUGUGUAAGACCAGUAUUCAGCAUUAAGCACAGUGACUCUGAUUUAUUAGUAUCAAUAUAAAAACGCGUUUGACCUUUCUAAGAAUCAGGGUAUGUUUCUGCAAUGAAGGAUCAAAUCAAAUGGUUAACCUCAUAACAUGUUGGUUAUUUCUCGUUGCUUUAGCGAAGUACAACCAUGAACUAAAACUGUUUCAUGAAAUUUAUAAAUGUGUCCCUGUCAGUUGUCCCUGUGCUGCCAUGACAACUGUUUAAGCAUAAAUAUUUACACCAAGUGUGAACAGAUGCUUGUGAAGACAUCUUUGCUGAGCUUUUGAUUCUCUUUCUUCACUCUCUGAUGUUUCUAUUCAUCCAGUUUUGUGCUUUCACAUCUGCUCACCCAAAUAUCUCACAAAAAUUUGACUGUAGGGCAGUUCAAAAAAAAAAGUUGGGGUUAAGUUGGAGCAAAAGUUUUGUCUGAUUAUGUUGCACGUGCAGUUGGCUCCAAGAAUGUUGUGAAGGUAUGAGGAGGAGUUACGAGGUGUGAGUACAGUGUAAGGUUUUAAUAAUGGGAAAAGACUGGGCGGCUGUAAAUGGAGGGAUAGUAGUAAGCCAGUGUGGACAUCAAAUCCAACUCUAAUGGUUACAUAGUUCUCAAUCAGUGUUGUUUUCAUUGACGGAAAUAUUUCUUAAACAUAAGUCUUAGAUGACUAAAAUGUGACAAGACGAGACACAACUAGACGAAAACGUUAGUGGUGGACGACAAACAGAGUUGCAAAAUUCAUGAGCAUUUCGUCAGUCAAACGCUAAACAUAUAUUCUGCAGUGUUGUUUUCGUUGACAAUGACGUUGACAAAAACAACACUGUUCUCAAUCUUAUGACCUUAGACAAAUAGCUGCUCAAGUAUGUUUAUAGUUCUUCACAUUAAUAUCUACUCUAAAAUCACACAAAGCUUGGCUAGAGGGGUUAGCAUUUUUAUUUACUAUUUGGUAAAAAUUCAGUUAUCCUCAGACUGAGCCUGAAAUUGAUUGAUUUAAUCUGCUGUAGCCAAAGAAGAGCGUAAAGUGGUUUAUUUACUGUUUGUUCUACAGAAAUCAUAAUCAAAUAAUUGAUUAAGCUCGAAUAAAUCCUUUAGUUUCCUUUAUAAAUGAAUCCCUUAUCGACAUUGUCUUGAACAUAUUGAGGCAUUUUUCUUCAUUUCAUCCUGUGAAUGUAAACCUCUUUUAUUCCCAGCUGGGGUCUUUGUCAUCUGGAUGACUUCAUGACUGCUAAAUCAUAUUACUAUUGGCUCUUCUGAUAAAUUGCCUGGGCACUAAAUGGUUAAGCUAAUUUCCCAAAUUGUCUCCUUGGCUACAGGACAAUAGAGAAGCCAACAAAUGGUUCUUGAUUUUAGUUUUAUUUUAAUCUCAUUUGGAGGGAAACUCAUCAGUAUGUUUUUUAGAUGAAUCACCAUAUAUCUUUUUGUUGUUUAAACCAAACCUCAAUUUCUCCAGAUGUGGGGACAGAAUUAAAAUUUUACAGUCAGUCAAAGAUAACAAUGUCAGAUGGGGGUGGAGAGGCAAACUCCCUGAAGGUUGGUUCUGGUGGUCCAGCAUGUUUUCACGGUCCUGGGUGAGGUGUGAUGUUUAUGCUCUUUGAUAUGGUGCGUUGCUGUGGUAUUUUUCGGUUUAUGUUUGUAGUUCAAUGCUGUGUGAAUGUUGCUGUGCCUCAUUUGAAAACCACCCUCAGCUGGUUGAGUCGAAUGAAGGGGACCCAGCUCUUAAAUCUGGAUUCUUUUUUUAGUGGCAUUUUUCUGAUUGAUGCUACACUCUGCUUAAUGUAGCCUGACUGUUAUGGCUGCGGUUGAAUUUGCGUCAGUAUGGAAACAAAUAAAGACCUAUAACUGCACUCUUACUCCUGCUUAAUUAUAUUUUGCACUUCCAUUUUCCAGUAAAGUUCAUGUGGAGACAACGCAGGAACAUACAGUAUGUCUUCAUUUAAAUCGUCUGCCUUAUGUACAAAUAGGAACAUAUAGAAACUCAAAGGUUGAGUCAUAAAAUUUCUCCUUCUAACCAUAAAAUUUGUUAUCUUAGUAUCACUUCAAAUAGCACAACUGAUGAUCACAUUAUAGAGGUUUUCAUGGCCUUUCAUUCCCACUGAGUGAAUAGCAUUUGUUGUAUUUCUGAAUGAAUUUUAUGUUUCCAUUAUUGUAUACUCGCAAGGAUGCAUUAAUGAAAUAGAGCUGCAGGAUAUUUAUCCUUUCUGCAAUGUCUGUUGAAAUAUGAAAACGUAGAGGAAUUCAAACAGGAUGUAUGUUGUGUACUUUAAGUACUUGGGGACAUUUAAAAUGACAACAACACAAUUAUUACUGCUAUUUAUAAUUUGUUUCUCUUAGUGUACUUUCUGCGGUCUUAGUCAGUUUGUGUUGAUGUUAUGCGUCAUCUGUGUUUUAAGCCCCUGUUGUUAUGAAAACUCUGUCGUCUUUAGCUAAUUCUUUUUAUAUCACUAUGAUGUUCUCGCACUGAGAGCGAAGAUGCUAAAAGUGAACACUCUUGUUAGUGUAGCAGUCUAUAUGUGUGCCCACAAUGUUAUCAAACACCGAAACGAGUAGGAUGACACUGUCAAAUCCAUCUCACUUAUUUCAGCACUUUCUUGGUGUCUUUGACGGUUGUAGCGUUGCAGCGUGCACGAUAUUUGAACUCUGUGGCCAUGUGACACAGAGAUACAGAUACUGCCUGCCUGCAGAGCGGUCAGUCUGUAUGUUUAUAAAUGAGAAGCUGCAUUAAAGUGACUGCAGAUAGACGUUUUUGUUGGAUUAGUCCUGGGAAGUGGUUAAUUUGAACAAAACAACCAUCAACUCAAGUAUAAAGAUAUUGUUGAUAUUUAUUGUUGAAGUUACAUUGGUCUGAUUUUCUUGAAAUGUUUGGUCACACUAAGUAUAAAGAGGUUACAGUCCUCAGAGCAGUGGCCCAGGGUUCAUUUUCCACACUUGGCCCCUCGUCACAUGUCAUUUCCGUCUGUCUCUCCUGUUUCCGACUCUAAUCAUUAUCCUGUCCGUCAAUAAAGGUGCAAAAGACACAAAAAAAUAAUAGAUGAAGGAUUCAGUAUGUUGCCCUUCUGGAAAGAUUUUAGCGCAUCUUAGAUAUUACAUUAUAACCCUCUGACAAGAUAAGUAAUGUAUCACUGCAUUCUUGCAAAGAAAAAGCCUCAACAGCAAUGUUUACAAUGAUUUUAUGCCAAUUUGUGUUGAUAUUUGGCACAGCGGUGCUGGCUCAGAUGACCUGAACUUGCCUGGAGGAGAUGUUGAAGUUAAGGGUUUUUGUUACAUUAGUGUGGAUGGCAAACAUCCAUUAAAGACCCUAAAAUGUGAGUGUGGGUGGGAAAUUUUUCACAUGCCAGUGGCAUUUUCAGAUUUACUGGAUUACUGCGCUGUAGUCAAGGUGUAAUCGCGCUGGCACAGACUCAAGUCUUAUUUUGUGCUGACCUGCUCUUAACAGCCAAGUGUGGACGAUUCCUCCCGCCCAGAAAUAGAGGUAUUGAAUUUAGUAGGGAGAUGAAGGGGGGGAGAGAGGGGGAGGAGAUGCAGUUGAAGGGUUAGUGGUCUGGUUGAACACACUACACUGCCCCACCCAGAGGAAACAUUCCAGACGGAAUUAAAGAGUUAACUCUUCAAACAGUGAACAUUCCCACCGGGGGCUCCCAACAAGAGACAGGGGGCUUGAUGGGGGUGGGUGGGUGCUUGUCCAUGUCGUAGUCAGGCCCCUGAUUGGUGAUCUUUCAAUUCAUUUCACUCAGUGUCGCAGGGGCUGUAAAAGAAAAAAGCCAAAGGGCCUGAAUGGGAGGAGCUGGAUGGGAGGGCCCGCUGGUGCAGGCAGAAACACUUUUUUUAUUUGUCUGAGUCCCAAAGGGCACAUCUGCUGCUGGCAGACGGGAGGAGACUUCCCAUGGAGGGUCCAGUCCCCACACCUUGGACACACCGAGACCUGGUCAAGCACGGGAAGUAUUUGGCAGUGUCUUGUCUGUCAUGAUGACUCUGCCGUCCACACACAGAGGACCUCCAGAUGUGGACAGUGUUUGGUUAUUCAUUCAUGGAUUCAUAGACUUUAAUCCAUCAGAAUGAAGAAUGAUUAACAAUAAUACUUACAUUUUUACUCCACACUGUUAAUAUGGCUUAAAUAUAAGCCACAAAAACGCAUCACGUUGAGAAUCCUUGGAACAAGUGUCUUUAAAAAUUAUAUAUAUGUUUAAAAAUGUGGUUACACUUCACCCAAAAGCCUGUUUCCGUAAUCAGUCCAACGUGUCUGUGUGUAAUUCAGAAAGAUAGCUGUUAUGAUGGGGUGGAUGUCUAUAAGCAGUCGACUGCUGACAUGUUUGGAUUAAGUUUCAUCCUUUAGAGUUCCUCCAUAAUAAAGUCAAAAACUGUGUAAAACAACACUAAUGUAGAUGAAAGAGGUUACCGAUCGAUAAGAUGAAAUAAUACACUAUGAUAUUGUAUUAUUGUAAGCGGAUUAAGUGACACAAAGAAUGGCUAUACAAAACAGUAGAUGUGAAAUUUUACUCUAAAAUUAAAACUGAGACUUUUUUUUUUUUCAUAAAAUCAGGACAGCUUAUGCUGCAUUUAUAUUUUUCACAGUUAUUGUAACAUUUAACAUCAGAGUACUACUUUUCAUGUAGUCUGGGCAAUCAAAGUUAAUUUGUCUCAAGGUUGCCAAACACUUUUCGAAAGCACAUGCUUCAAAGUGAGACAAACUCCUUUAGUUUUAUAUUUGAUAGAAUCCAAAAAGAACCGUGCCAGGAGUGAAGAGAGAGCAGCACCACAUGGGGGGGAAAUGGAGAAACAGGAGAAAUGGGACGAUACUAUUAUCUGAUUGUGUCCAGUAGACUGGAAACACUUCAGAGGACCUAGGAAAACACACCUUUGGAUUUUGUUUGUUUGCGAGCUUCUUCCUGUGCGCCGAGGGUGUGACUCUGCUCUGUUCUCAGUCACAGCUGAAGCUCUCACAAAGCCCCAGGACAACAUAAACUGUGUUAAUUCGCAGGUUCACAAAUACCAUGUAUCAGGUCCUUCUCUCAACAACAUAUUUAUGUUAAUCACAGAGAAACUGACCGCUGUAUCUGUUGUUGAGUUAAAAAAGAGAAAAAAAAUCCAAAUUUAUUAAUAUAUAAGUUGAUGUAAGCCUGUAAAACCAGUCCCAUGUUGUGUCUAUGCUGUAGUUCAACCACCUGUAUCUACCUGGGGCUGUAGUUCUUACUAAUGGCUCCUGUCACAAUGUUAUAAUUCUCUAACUGAUUGCAUUUUUGUACCUGCGCAGUUGGCAGAUACUUUUACCUGUAGACUACAGAUAGAGUUGAAUGAAUGCUGUGUGUGAUUAAUCUAGCAUCUAAGACUGGUGGUGCUAGCUCUGCUAACAUUUGCCCCUUGGUUUCCAAUUUGACAUUAUUUAUGCACAGAUUUUAUGACCCACCCACUCCCAUUUUUUAAAGCUUUAUUAGGUCAUUGGUUCUCAAGUCCAGUCUUCGAGGCCCACUGUCCUGCAUGUUUUGGAUGUUUCCCUGCUCCAACACACCUGAUUCAAAUGAUCAGCUCGUUAUUAAGCUCUGUAAUGGCUUAAUAACGAGCUAAUCAUUUGAAUCAGGUGUGUUAGAGCAGGUAAACAUCCUAAACAAGCAGGACAGUGACUUGAGAACCACUGUAUUAGAUCAACUCUGCAUAGUUUGAAUUGCUUUCUGAUCCAUGGAGUGGUCCAGUAAAGUCAGAAUUUAAAGUUUUGUCUAAGCAACCUGGAAAUUAACUGCUUUGGAACAUCCCCAGUGACCAUCCUAGUUUGCCUGUUAUGUUGAAAUAAAUUUGGACACGAAUAAGAAAUGCAGAUUCAUUAUUUUUUAAUUUUUUGAUAUCACAAAAACAAAAUCAUUUAAGUAAUCAAAUCCAUCAGUAUUUUUUUCAAACCCUAGUCCGUCCCUCCUCUUAGAGUCCACCGUCCUCAGUCUCUAAAAGACAUUUGCGUUUCCCAACAGACCGUCUCAGUUUACUUUGCGAAGUGUGGCUACCUGUAAAGAGCACCAGGUCUCUCUCUUCGUCCUCUUGUGUUGUAGGUGUCUGGCUUUUAGCUGAAGUCAUCGCCCCUGCAACAACAUGCAAAUUACUUUUUGGAUGACCCCUCAUGCGCAUCGCCGCUGAGGCCCACUCUGCUUGUCUCCAUUUAAUUGAAUUGAAAGGCAAAAGUUCUCACAUUUGCAUGCAAAUGGUGAUUGUCCAUUAGAGUUGUCACACUUUUUUUUCCCAAAUCGACCCUGGAGGAUUGACUUCCUCGCUUCUAAUGGAAACUGAGCUACUGAUGCCUGCUGUAAUUUGAUCAGUUGGUAGUGAAACCACAAGCCCCCUCCCCACACCAUGGCCGGUUCCAUUCGUCCUUUACAGCCACUCCUACUCAGCAUAUCUCAACACCUGCUCUUUAAUGAAGGCAAACAGAGCGAAGGGAAUAGCCAAAUGAAACAAAGACGUCCACCCUUUGGCAGCUGCAGUGAAAUAGAGACAAGGUCACAUGACACUGUUGAGCAAAGUCUCCUUGAGUUUUAUAUAGGCUGACUGCAUAUAGUGACAUACAGUACACAUGUGUAUAGACUACUGUUCACACUGUGUGCUUCAGUGACCCUUGGCACAGAAUGUGAGGUCCUGCUGUCCUUGUAACAUGUAUGCUCUCUUAUAUAUUGUGUAUUCAGUUUCUUUCUAUCUUUGCACCAACGCUCACGUGAUCCUUUCUUUGCAUGUACUUUGUUUUUUUUUUAAGUCAUUUAAAAUGUAAAACAUAUUUUGCCUGGCCCUCCCAGCAUGAAUACUUGUUAUGCUAAGUUUCAAGCUCAAAGUUGCACCAUCUUUUCAUGUUAAUUGUCAUCCGGAUAUUUUACAAGAAUAUAUUCCUUUAGGUUGUCCUAAUGUGUCCUUUGCUGCUUUGUGCUCCAUACUACUUAAUGUCUUCAAAUGUCAUGUAACCAUUAACUAGAGCUACAGCUUCCCCAGUACUGGCAUGUGGCUACAGCUUAGACAGAAAAUCAGGGGGGAGGCUGAUCUUUAUCUGUAUCAGCCUUUUUAUUUCACAGGUGGUCCAUAAAGUAAGUUAAAGAAAGUGGGCUGCUUUGGCUCUGCUGCACCACUUAUCUCACUCAAUGUCCCACCCACACCACUAUCUGAUUGGCUAGACGUCACCUGACAAGUGUGAUGAAACUUUAAGUGUAACUGGUGAACUGUUGAAAGUUUGAUAUAAAGUUUAGUCAUUAUCACUGUCAAUACAUAACAGUUGCAAAUAUUGGUUAUUGGUCUCCCAUAUUGGUCAAUCCCUACAACCUAUAACUGGCAUUAUCUGGCAUUUUGUCAACAUGAUGCAGAUCACUAAAGAGGAUGUUCAACCAUUAAGUCAACUACCGGGCCCCCAAGAAUAAAUACAAGACCUGCAUUCUUGUUUGUCUAUACAUUUACCUGAGUUUUAGUUUUAUUGAAGAAGCAACAUUUUUCAAAUGUAAAAUGGUGGAACCAAAAAACUGUUCAAUGACUUUGCCUGAAAAUGGUUCUCCAUAAUAAUCUGUUGACUUAAUGUUCAGCUCAAACCAAAUCCAAACACUAUCCCCAGUCUAGUUUAAAUGGUUCAAGAAGAGGUUCUGAAUAAUGAUAGAGUUAAGAUUGGAUAUAGAUUGAGAUGUCCAGUUCAAGAUCUCAAUUUAAAGGCCUUUUCAAAAAUUGUUUCCAUUUAAAUAUACUGUAGGUUGUGUUGUAUGAGAAACCUUCCAUAGCACACAAUUUAUGGUCAAGUCCUUGUUACAGCCACACACUUCUCCAACAGGCAGAUUGCGGUGAUAAAGUAAAGAUAAUGGUUUGGGUUGAUUAUGGCUUCUGGCCUCUGUAUUUCUCCUUGUUGAAAGGGCUGAGCAGUGUGGAGGUGGAGAGGGAGAGCCGUCUAUUGUUAGAGGAUUUCUUGACAGUCUUCUGCUGCUGCUUUGGCUGAGAUCCAGUCUAGUGUCAGGGGCCUGAAGGUGCUAACUGGGCCACUGUGUCAAGGCCCUUGGGUAAACACAGCAGCUGGCUGGGACCUUCCACAAAGCAAUGCAGCGGAGGAGGCUUUCCUUUCACUUUAGCCUGCCUACUUUUCAGUCUGCACGGUCAUGGAGCUGUCUGCCAAAAUCCCAUGUAGUUUAUAGUAGCAUGUGGCCAGGUUGUUUGUCUGCCAAGUCUUCAAACACAAGUUGAGCGUAAUCAUGUGCUUGUAAGAGGGAGAGCCGGCAGAGGAGGAAGGAAGAAAAAGAGCUCUUGGCUGCAGCCCAGGAAACGUCACAUUACACUAAAAGCAAUGUGUUCACAGCUCAGCUUCCAACAUUUACAUCCUAUGCAAAGGGCAGUGAAUCCUCCAGAGCUGCUCACUUCCUGGUGCACAGUCAUUACAAGAUAGAAACAGUUACCGGUGCGUCUGUGAAACCAAAAUCUGGUAAUCCUGAAUUCUGUGCAAGCAUGAAGCACAUUUUUACUAGCAAGAGCAAAGUCAUGUCUCUAAUGUAGUGAUCAACUGACACACUUCAAUGAAAAACAGACAUUAUCAAUUAGUUAUCUUGAUUGAAAAAUGUAAAUAUAUUAGUGUCUGCAUCAAAGUAUUUUGUCAUGUAUUCAGAGGUGAAAAGAUAAUUGAGGUUAGCGAUUCAUCGUGGUUUGUUGCAGCUUCUGCCACCUAACACUGCAGGCUGUCUUAUCGUCUUUCUCCAGUUAAUGCCUGAUACCAUGAAAACUUUGAUUUGAAUAACCCUUUCUGAUUAACAUCAGUAUGGUAACCAGCAGCACACAUAUUGUCAACCUCAUCUCUAGAGAAUCGAAAGACGUGUACUCAAUAAUUUCAGACAGAAAAAAAAGAAAAAAAACACAUCAUGUUCUGACCUGUAGCUAAUCUGGUUAAUAGACAAUCACGCUGUGAAAAGCACUAUGGACCAUGUGAACUGCAGUCAAUAAUUUCAAAAGCCAUGUUAGUAAAUGAUUAAAGAGUGGCACAGAAAAUUGAAUUAUUAACAUCAGGGGCUACAGUGCAUGCAGGUUAUUAUAAGAGCUUAAUGUGGAGGCUGGGGGGUUUAUCAGCGGUGCCGCUCCAUUGUUUGGUUUCCUUCCUUGCGGUGGAGUCUGAAGUGUCAAAUGUUUCCCUUGCUCUUUUUAAUGUGACAGCAGGAAUGCAGCUUAACCUCUUUCAGUUUGAUCACAGCAGAUAUUGUUUGUCACUUAAGUCUGUAAUGUAGAAAACAAAUGUUGAAUCCCAAAGCUGUUCCCCAACAAACAUCCUCAUAUUAUUUAGGAAAUGGUUCAAAAAGGUUUGUGGCAGAUUUGGGAUGCCCCAACCCCCAGCGGAGCCAACCUUGAUUAGCCAGCCAUCUGGUCAAACAAAGACAUCUCAGGUUUUCCUGCCCUAAAUAAAUGUGAUUAGAAAACCUGAGGAAGCUCUUUCAGCUCUGGGAGGAUGUGUGGUCUGCUUGAAAGGACUGGUAGUAACACCAACACUUGAUAGCAUGGACAAAAUCUUACACAUUUGAAGGUCAUGUUCUGUAUACUUUCUUGUCAUGCAGAAUCAAAUGUUGUAUUUUUAAUCAGCCAGCGCUCAAAGUGCAUUCAUUUCCACAGUAAAGAUAUUUCAAACAAAGCCAGCAGUCAUGUGUUAAGUGGUGAAUAGGCAUGUACUAAUGCAUGUGUGCACUUUACACAUUAAGUGCAAAGGCCGAUAAGAACAUCAAAUGAGGUACUUCUGUUUUAUGUAGACAGCAAAGUUCAGGAAUAUAUUUUCUUGGAUCAGUAAUAGCCUAUGAAAAGCUUUAUAGCACCACAGGAGCAGAAUAACACAUAAGUGAGUGAAUGUGAACCAUGCACUGUGCAAACACCUGCUUACCUGUAAAUCUGUCAUUGGAAACUCAAAUGUCUUUACAUUUAUUGGAUGUACUAUUCUGGGUAUGUGCUUUUGCGGCUGCUGUAUUACAUUCUGUACAUUCUGUUUGCUCCCUUAUCUAUAUCAUAUUCCCUGCUGCUGCAACCAGCCAAUUUCCCCAUGAGAAUCAUUACACUUUUAUCUAAUCUGAUGACAUACACCGGACCUCUGUGAUGUCUGUUUAUGGACUGCAUUUAAGUGGGCUCUCUAUCUUGAGGAUGUCAACAAUUAAAAUAUCUACUUUGACUGAACAUAAUAAUUUACCUGCCAAAUAUAAUUUCCUCUGAACCUGUUCAUAAAGUAAAGUGACUGAUAGAUCGUAUAACCUGAUCUGAGUUUCCAAACCUGGUUAGGUAGGCUAAUGGGGGGGCUAUUCUGUUAUAUAAGAUACAAUGCAUGUUAAUGAUUAAUCGAUGAUUGAUUAAUCGCAGUGAAGAUUAUGUUUUACCUGACAAUGCACAAACGGCACAGCAGUGUUUCUGUGUAGUUUGCAGUGUUUGAGCAGAAAAAAAGCACUAUGAUGUAAGUUUUCCAUAAAGCGGGGAUUGCACAAAAAAGGUGAAGAAGACCGUAACCUCUUUACUGUGGUGCUUUACUGUCUUUAUAGCAUUUCCCUCUUGAAGUAUUUGAGUGAACUUGUUACAUUUUUCACCAACAUGAAAACAUUUGCAGGUCACAAUUUUAUUUUAAUUGUACAACGUGUAAAAAUGGGAAUACUUUUAUUCCUUUGCUCACCCUUUUUAAUCAGUGAAGCAACAGUGGCCUUUGAGAGCAAGAUCCUCUAUUUCUCAGGUUUUUACCACCAAAAAAAUCGAUCAGUACAAGUUUCUUGACCAACAACCAUUUUUCCUUAUCAUCAAUAUGAAUACAUAAACAUUGACAUUACCAGCUAUUUGUGUCGGCCUCUAUAGAAGACAACCUAAAAGCUCAUUCCAAAUCAACAAAAAUAAAAUAUUUUUGUAUUUAGAUGAUAAAAUACCAACUUUAACGUUUUCAUGAUGAUAAUAUUGCAUUUAUACCAGGUGUGCACCUUUAAAUGUCAAAGUUGCAUAUGUUUGUAUGAAAGUGUAGUGGAGUAAAGAGCUUCUUUAUGUGUCCAUUGUCAUGAAGCACCAUAGCUUGUUUUCUCUGCUAACCAACUAUCAUCAGCCAGUCCGUGUCUCUUAUGCAUUAUUCGAAGUCUAAAUUAACUAUUGCAUGUAGUAUUUAGGUAAAAGAUCAGAAUUGGCAUAAACUCAAGUAAGAUGAUUGAACAAUUUAGGGUCUAUUGCUGUGUUCCAGUUACCGCUGAAGUCAGAUUUUGCACCUGUGAAUGACAUUAUACCCGAGUUGACGGUGUUCCAGUAAACAAGUCGGUAAACCAAGAUGGACGCCUACAGUUAGCGGUUGUUAGCUGUUGUUGACAAUUGUCAGCUGUCAUUAGCCGUUGUUAGUUGUUGGUAGCUGUUGUUGGCUAUACCAGUUGUACCAAUGCAUAACACAGUAUUUCACUCAAAAUUCAAACACCAUAGCACCGUGUUCACAGUUGGAUGUUCGGCAGUACAACAUAUACAUAUAAUUUUCCUCAGCUUUCAUUGUUAUUCUUUAUUGUUGAUGCACUGCGCUGCCAUCUUGGAUUUUGACCUUGUCGCCACACCGGAGUUGGUGUGUAUUGUCUGACUUUCUGAGUCAGAAAUCCGACUUCAGGGGGGCGUUCCAGAUGAAUUUCCAACUCGGAAAAGCUCAAAAAAUUUGACUUCUGAGUACAACUGGGACGCAGCAUAAGUCAUAGUGGAUAACACUUAUGUCUGUGAACUUGACCGCUGUUUGCUAACACAGGUUCAAAGUUGACCCUUUUCUUUCACAGGCUAAGACGCUGGACUUUCAGAUUUACCUGACACAAUGAGAAAUAAUAUACAUUUUAGCUGUGAAGCAUCUUCAGUAAAAAAUUUGGGUGGCUGCUGGUGCUUGUUAUGUGCAAUACUAAUGUUUGGUUUCACCUGUUUUUUCGUUUCUUCCUUCGGUUUUGGUUUGAUGAUUACACACAACCAUUUUUCCCGCCUUUGCUGUCUUUUUAGCAUCCAGUAGAGAUGUAGCUGCUUGCCGGACCCUGGAGAUGAGCUCCAGAUGCGUGACGGGCUGCACCAUCCCAGCUCGCGUCCCUGGGGGGCACUGGCCUGUCAGAGGUGGAAUGCCCCUGCACACUUAACGCUAGCUGAGGGGAAACAGAUACCUCUGUCUCUGAACAGAGAAAUCACUCUUUAUCGAUCGGACUCUACAGAAAGCUGUGAAUUGCGCUUAUGGUUUGAACAUUUGAUACUGCAGAUUCAGAGAGAUAGUCAUAACACUGACUCCUCUGAUGGAAGAAACUCUGAGAAUUAUGGAGCUGGAUUCCAGCUUCCCCCAAGACAUCCACCACCAAACGCCACACAAAGAAGUCAUUUACCCACCUGACAGGAGGUGUUGUGACCUCUGUCGUUUCAUACAUAAUUGGAUCUGAUGUGUCCUAAUAGUAGAAAGGCCUUUAUACUGAUUGUGAAUGUAUCCAGUUCCCGGUGCUGUCACUAUAAUGAAAACGAAUAUCAAGGCCUAUCAGGUCUGUGUGAUAGCUCAGGCUGCCAUUAGCAAGGGGGUGAAGUGAAUGCUUGCUCUUUAAAAGAUGUGAGAUAUGCUAGGUAUUUUUAGCCAAAGCUUUUAACCCAGAAGAAACAGCUAAUAGCUGCUUUGACCUGAAUGCUGCAUUAUAGCUUCUGCUCCAAGCAACCUUGAUUACAUGGGCCUUAAAAAAUGUGGUCAGUUUUUAGUCUCAGUGCUCUGUGAGAGCAUGAUCAUGUAUUUGUAUAGAGGCCAAAAGUACUUGAGAUAUUGGAGACAACUUAAAAGAUUUUACUGUACACUUCACAGAGCAAAGCUAAUAGCUUCAAAUCAAAUUAUCAGUGAGGGGUACUGAGGGGCCCUCUGCAAGUCUGUGCAUAGUUUAGUUGGGAAAUCGAGUCUCUCAGGCCUGAUUUCUAAUGGGUCUGAAAGACUACGGGAAAGGGUUAACUGGUGGAGUACUGUAUGUGGUGGCACAGAUGUGAUCCACUAAAAUGUUUGCUCUGCCUGUGAAAGGGUCUUUGAACCAAUGAGUGUGAACUUCUGGCCACACCAGCCUAUAAACGUUGCAUUUAUGUGAGGCAGCGAAAGGGGCCAGCUAGUGUAAUGGGGGAUGGGGCCUCUGCCUGUGGAAUGUGGUGUCUUGGUGAAAGGGCCUGAGCUGAACAAAUGCAGUCAGUUUAUUUGGCAAACCAGACUUGCUGGUCACCAACAGACGUGUUUACCCAAGAACUAAACAUGCAGAUCCUCCCCUUCUCUCCCAGACGGAGGUCUUUCUUCUUGGUUACGGUGUGUGUGUGUGUGCUCUCUGUCUCUCUCUGGGUGUGAAAUUGGAUGAGCUAAAAAAGUCUGCUGAUAAGUGUGUAAGUCUGUCUUGCGUGUGAAUCGGCCUCCCUAUUUUCCUUGUGUCUUUCUUUCCAUGACACCCCCCUCCUCUCUCUGUCUUUUUUUUUCCUCUGUUUCUCUUUUUUCAGCUUUGUAAUUGGAGUGAUUAAUGGAGGGAGGGGUGGUCUUGCCUGGAGGCCUACUUUUCAGUAGCCUCUUUAGAGGUGCAGCACCACUGAGGCCGGGGCAGGUAGCGACACGUUCAGCCCCUGGACGUUUAGCCCCUUGUCCCUGCCACUUUGUCUGCUCCCUCAAAAGCCAGAAAUCUCUUCAUGCUAUAAACAAGACCGGACGUUCAGAGGCAGGCAUGCCCCUGGGUCCUGUUUUCUGCUGCCGGUUUGCUCUCAUGUGAUAUGUGACCUCUCUUAUGCUCCAUAGUAAUUCUUAAUGAGAGCAGAGAAUCUGUGCGGGAUGUGUUUGUUAGUGGGAACUCCACCAUAUGCUCCCAAGCGGCAGUGAGAUUUACUUCCCUCUUCUCGCACAUGGAAACCCGAUUAGCCGGAGCCUUUGUUGGCGGUAGCGUAUGGGCAGCUCACCAUGAGAUCCUUUACAGUAGUUAGCAGAUAAAGGACGCCAUCCGCUCAGCUCAACUCCCAAAGCACCCGCCCCUUACCCAGGUCCCCCCCCUCCCUACAGCUAGACGAACUAUGAAUGAUUCCUGGAGUCCCGCUGCGGGAUCAAGGCCUCAAUUAUUUGAUUUGGAUUAGAGAUUUCUGCCCCCCACAAUGCAAGUUUUCAAUGGCAUGCUGAGAGGAAGCAGAUUCCCUUUCUUCGCAAGCUAGAGGCGACACUGCAGAUGAACUUACAGUUAAAGCAUCAGGGCUCUUGUUCCCCACAAGAUGAGGAAACAGGAUUCCUACUGUAUAUUUAAUUAUCAGCUUUAAUCACACAUGCAGGAGGUGCACAAAGUAACUGCCUGAGAGCAAAAGCAUGUCCUCUAUCCAACUCAGAUCUACUUUUGUGUUGUUAACACAAAAACGCGAGACUCUGCUUUGACUAGUUUUAAUUACCUUUCAGUCCGUCUUCCCAAAAUAAGCAAGUUAAACUACUCAGCAUUUGUAUCCUCUUUUCUGGCCUCUUGCCAUUAACACCGCUGUUGGCUGCGAUCCAGUUUUCUGCCGACGGCCUUGAUUGUGAUUAAAUUACUGCCGCUGUGCCUGUUUAAAAGAUUUCCCUCGCUGAACUGUUUUGACAGGCAGCAAUUUGGCUAAAAAAGAUUAGUGCGGGAAUGAGAUGUUAAGAGUACCUGUGGGAUGAGAGGGGCUCUCCUGUUAUUGUGAGGUCCUGUUUCUGGUGCACAGGAAUGUUGGUGAAAUUCACUCAAGUCUCUUUUGGCAGAGCUCGCUCUUGAAAGCACAGUGAUGUUUGUGUGUGGCUUGUUUUAUUGCCCGCGGUUGCUAUAGUGAUUUUUCUUGUAUGCUCAUGCAUGUUGUUUAAAUUGAGGACGGGUGUGGCUGUUUAAUCUGUUUAUUUUUGCGGAAAGCAGCAGUUUGAUGAGAGUUUCCCAUGACAACACGAGUGUUUCAGUCAAAGUUAGGCUGUCUGUUUGAAGUAGAGGGGGGUUAGGUCACCGUGGUAGCCGAGACCCCGCCCUCAUCUCAGUUUCCCUGGCGUGGCGCUAGAUGACUGAGGAUGAUGAGUAUUGACGUGUGCUGUGAGAUUGCGUCCGGAGGGGGCUGGGGACUUCCCUGUGUUUGCACAUCCAGGGCUAUUGAUCUGGGCCUCCUGUUCAAUGACUGUGGCCCAGGGGACUUGGUCUGCAGCGUGGAGCGGUGUAAGGUUGGACACAGAGAGCUAUGACAGUAGCAGGGAGUGCAAAGGCAGGGGUUAGGGGCAUGGCUCAGGGCUAACAGGACUCUAAUAUGGCAGAGACACGUGCCUCUCUUCAUUAGGUCUUGUUUUGACUGUAGGAGCGCACUGGCAGACGGCAAAACAAGACCAGAUUUCAUGUCCAUGUUCCAGAUGGACUCUGGUGUCAUUCUGCUGCUUCACCAGUCAUAGCCAUGAACAGCCUGUUAUCUAUACUUUGAAAAUGACCUACUUCACUUAUGCGCAGGGCUGCAUGUACAGCAUGGCUCACCUUUGUCAAAACACGGGUGGAAAAUUCACUAGCUCUUACUAUCUCAAUGACUCCAAAAGCGUGUCUAACACAAUGAAGAUUUUCCUGUGGUUGAUGGCUGCGAACUGAGCCCCUCCAGCCUCCUCCUUCAAGAGGAGUGAAGGCAAAUCACAUGAUGCUUUUAUUAAGAACAAGCCUCUUCAUCUAAUAACAGCUCCACUAUCAAAUUGGAGAAGUGCUGUCAACAUCCUGAGCAAUCAAUGCCAUCCAUCCCCCACUCCCCAAGCAGCAGCCAUUAACCCUUCUUGUUCCUGCAUGCCUGGCCUCACUAAAAUGGUGGCUGUACUCCAGACAUCUUUCUAUAAUGGCUGCGUAGAAUUACCCCCAAGCUAUUCAUCCACGUGUGUUGCGUAGUUUGUCCAAUGCAGAUGGAGGGAUAUGCAAAGAAUGUCAACUUGUUGCAGAUGGGAGGUUGUCAAAUGUAAUGUGUGACUAAGUGUCACAUGGAAACACAUUCCAAAUGAGCCAAUUUCUCAACCACGACGACGACGAAACCCAAAAUCAAGUGUUUUAUAAAAAUCUGAGCCAGAUUUAGAAUAAUACCACUUUACUCUAACAGAGAUGGUUUAGAUACACAAAUAAAGCAGGAGAUGACAAGUGCGUACACCUAGAGAGGGUUUAAACACACAUAUAGUGGACUAGGGCUUGGCGAUAAACCGAAAUUUUACUGAUACAGAAAUGUAAGAGAAUAACCAGCUUCAUUUUUCUCAUGUCAAUUUAGUCAGUAUCGAAAAAAUAAAUAAAAGUUGGUUUUGGAUGUGUGUAGGUAGGCUAUGGUCUCAUGUCCCUUUAAGACGCUGUCCUAUGUUGGAGACAUGACUCCACCUCAUCCAGUCCGUAACAAAGAGGAAAAGACAGGUGAGGAGAUGGAGGACGGUUCAAAAGUUGUAGCAGCUGAAGUAGACAAAGAUAAUGUAGGAGGGGGUGAGCAGCUUGUGGAGUAGUUAUUAUACAUUCAUCUUUAUCAAGGUGAACUGCUCAAUAUACCGUGAUAUUGAUUUGAGGCCAUAUCGCCCAGCCCUAUACUGGACACCAAUAGGCUGCGAGGCACUUUGAUGGCAGGUGCGCCCAAUAAUGCAAAAACCCCCAAGGUGAAAAAUGUAUUUAAAGGAUCAUGUAGUGAACAAGAACAGGAUGUAGGCAAGUAAAUAUUCAUGGGGGAAAAUACAACAAGGGAUGCACACUUUGAAUUUUCUCCUUAAUAAUCAAUCUUUAGAAAUUUUAACAAUCAGCGACAAAACUGUGUUACAUUAGUAGUACCAUAGCAACACACUGCAUAUAACUGACAGUAUCGCAGAGCUACAGACAUACAGAGGCGUACAAAUUGUUUUAAUUCACUGAAUAUCAGCAUAUGGAGCAGGCUCAUUUAAAUAAUCUCUGAGGACAUUUAGUCACGUACAGCAAUGCUUCAGCUGCUAAAUGAGAAAUGCCUGCAACAAGAGACCUGGACAGAAAAUUAUGAGAGAGUAACAGUGUAGAGUUUUCUGCAUACUUCGUCUCAGUGAGAAAGAUAAACAUGUCAGCCAGUAGUGCAACCAGAUCACAAUCAGUCCAGCAGCAGAAAACUUUCUAUCUUUCUUUCCAGGGAUGAGGUAACGUCUGCUAGGGAUGUAAUGAUAUCGUCAAUGUCACAAUGUCGGUAAAGACUCAAAUGUCGUGGUAUGAAAUGAUGGCGGUGAUUCAAGGCAAUAAGUGUUUUUUUUUUUUUUUUUUGCUCCAGCUGUAAUGUAAAAAGAUCUUACAGCUGAAAUCAACUGUCUAACUUGCUUCGUCGAGCUCAUGGGAAAGACGACAAAAAUCAAGAAUCAAGAAAACAACACAAACACUAACACUAUAUUUAUAACUUUUCAGAACAAAAAACUGUUCACACAGCGAGACCGUCUGUAGUUUGUUUUCAGAGCUUUCUGUAGUUUGUGUGUAGAGACCCAAAGCCCUGCAGCUCCUUGCGAUGACCAGCUCCAGCUCACUGCUGGUCAUCGACCUUAUUCUUAUCCCUGAUUUGGCGCUGCGCCAGUCAGUCACGUAUGGCCAUAAUGUGAUUAGGCCACCCACUUCCUGGCUUGGUAAACCUGCAAACAGCGAGCAAAGGAGAGAAAGAGAGAGAGAGAGAGAGAGACGAAACAUAGUUGGCUUAAACAUAUGAAGGCUUGUGCUCAUCCUGAUACACACACACACACACACACACAUAUAUAGGCACAGAAAAACACGAGCAGUACACAUGCAUAGAUACACAGACAUGUUUCUCAAUCUGAAUAUUUUGAUUUAAUCUGUGCUGAUUGUAUUUUACUUAAAUAUGCAGUCUAUUUGAGGCUAACAGCUCAACUGAAAUGUGAAACAGAAGUUUAAAAAAAAAAAAAAAUCACUGCCGCUUGACUCAGUAUGCAAACAUGAGGACGUAAGCUUGAAACAGUUAAUUUGAAACAUUUCUGAAUGAAAUCAGACAAGCCAAGCCUUUGUAAUUGUAGGGUUGGUGUGGGAAUUUCUUUUUUUAAAGAAGUUGUUUCUGGGUGGAGCGCUGCAUGUGAUGAAGGGGUUGAGGUAACUGAUCAUAAGGAGUGGUCCCAAAACAUCAGUAUCCACUCUAACUUGACAAAAAGCAACAUAGUGUUAACAUUCCUCAGCUGACCAAGGUCCCAAUUCAAGAGCCAACAUGUCUAUUCAUGGCAAACAGCAGCCAUGUCCAAUUACUCGCGCCUCUUUUUUUUUUUUGAAGUGGCUUCAGACACAGAGACGGACAGGAUUUCUUUGGAUGAAUCAGAUUUUGUUUGUGCUGUGAAACAUUAAUUUUGAUUUGACUCAUCAUCAACAGUGUUUGAAAUCCUCCUGUUUACACUCACAAUCAUCACCAGAGUAGCUUUAAUGUGUUUUUAUCCCCAUCCGUCUUCUUCAUUGGAGCAGCCAGUCUGCCUUCACCCCUCCACAACUGUUAGCAGACUGAAAAAAGAGGGUAUUUAAUCAAAAGGAGGUAGUGCUCCAAAGUUAUGCAGUUGUUAGGGGAAAAAACUGGUGUGGUUAUGAAUGAAAAAGUACAACAGAUGUUUACACGACAAGUUAUCUAUCCCAGUUUAAAGACUCACUCUGCAUGGUGCCGUUUUAGAACCUUUUGAUUCGGUGUAUCACACAGAAUUAAUGCUAAAGGAAGAGAUUUAUGUUAUUAAUGUAGUGGUUUCUUUUUUAUUUUUACAUAAAGGUAAUUUAUUGAUAAAUAUCAGAUUUUUCAAUUCUGUCUUCAUCUUCAAACUCAGUCUACUGUGAUUUUUUUUUUAAAGAAUUAUUAGAGGUUUUUUUUUUGCCUUUUUAUUUAUCAUGGACAGGACAGUGGAUAACACUGGAAACACACGUAAGAAAGAGGCUGCAAGUUGAAAUCAAACCUGAACUAUGUAUGUGGGGCACACUUAAUCCACUCUCCCACUGCAACCCAGCCUACCGUCCUUGUUUUAGGGAUAACUGGGACAAUGUCUUUUUCAAGAGCAUCCUGACCAAGACAACUAGUGUCACAGUUCACGAAGUUUCUGACUGACAAAGAGCAGCCAUACAUGAGAGUAUAUUUACAACAAUGUUCUGUAAUUCAAUAAGACAUGACAGAACAAAAUAAGUCAACAAGUCCUUGUCUAAUCUGCAGAGAGCAUGUGUAUAUCAAGCAGAUCACCGAUGUUUCAGUGUAUGCUACAUGAACGGAGGAACAAAUUCAAUAUAACAUUAGUGGUGAUUUACUAGCAGCUCAAGGCUGUAUGAAAUGUUUUUUUUCCUUUGUAAAAAAGAGAGUUUGUCUUUCAUCCAGGGUUUAGUUACUAAAUCCCGAUGCUCAUUACAACAGAUGGCACCCCUUUACAAAGCAGGUGUACCCCUCAUGACUGAGACCAGGCUUCACUCACUGCUAUGCUGCCAUGAAAACUGGAGAGACACGGUGAACAAAGUUGCACCAAAAAAGGACAGUCAGCAAACAACUGAGACUGAGUUCUGGUGCAUUUCUCUAGGAUACAGUUAGCACUGCAGCAGGGACAUGAAAAGAUGUCUAACAGCGAAGAAAUAUUUGUGUCAGAGAGUGUAAUGUCCAAAAAUGUCAAGCAUGAAAAGAAUGUCUCAAAAUGUGUGCAUGAGUAUGUUUCUGAAGACUGGAUUGAAGAUCUGCCAAUCACCAGUGGACUUGUCGCAAUGAUAACUUAUCUUUAGGGUAGGGGUGGGGGUCUUAUACUGUACAAUACAGCCAGGGCGUCGGUCAAAACAGAGAGAGCAAUGACACAGACAUAAUUCAACAAUAUAGAUGAUUAUUCCACAGAGUUUCCAUUUACUUGUGUGAUUUGAAGAGUCUGUCUAUGACAUUGAACAAUAAUCCUACCUGAAUUUUCUUUUUUCUUCUGUCACUCAGACAUUUUGAUGCACAGGUUUAAAAUUUGCAUCAAACAGCUGGAUUGAAACCCAGAGCUGCCUGGACAGUACUUUUCUGUCGCUGUCAGACCUUUGUUCUUGAUGUCAGAAACACCUUGACCCCCGAGCUUCCAUAACACACACUGACCCUCUGGGAGGCCUGCAUGUGUGUGUGUGUGUGUGUGUGUGAGCGUGAGUGAGUGUGUGUAUGUGUGCAUAUGGUUCAAGUGUAAACACAUUUGUGUUCACCUAACAAAUCCAAGGCCAGUAACCCAGCAGCUCCUGGCUGCUCUUUGAUCUGAUUCUGGAGAGCUGGAGGGACCGCAGUCAUUUACUUUGGAUAAGAGCAUCUGUUCAGGGUUAGGUUGCAUGAGACAUUAUAAAUCCUCUGAAAGAAAAAAACAUCACUUUUAACAUAACUCAGAGUCCAUAAUACAGAGGCAGUAAUGUCUCUGCUUAUAAGGUCAGACUUUCAUGGAGUCUAAGGUUUUAAUCAGCAGAUCAAACAGGAUUUAUCUUUCAAUAUUUAAAGAAUCAUCAUCUAUAUUUUCUCUGCAUUUAAGUGGAGUUGCACUUCGUUGUGAGCUUAGCUGGUAUUUUUUCCUUUAGUUUUAUAGCUCCAUGUUUGUUAACAGUCAGUCAGAUUACACAUUGUCUCUUGGCCUUUAAAUAGGGAACAUCCAGCACUUAUAAAAGGUGCCGAAUGUAAAGUUUUUUUCAUGUAAGAGCAGACAUGUGAGAUUAUACAUGGCUGUAAUCUGAAUUAUCUUGUGCUAUAAUCAUUUAUAAUGGUUAAAGGUUAACAGAGGUGGUCAAAUUGUGUGCAAAGGUCUAUAUGGCCUCCAAAUGUACCCUACUGUAUAUUUACCAUCACAUGAUGAACCCGCUGUAAUCUCUGACAUGCUAUAGAUAAUGCACGUUGACAGGGAAAUGGAUUUUUGAUAAGGAGAGAGCUGCACUACAUAUCUGCUGAGGGGCUUGUUUGAUAAAGUAAUAGCUAUUUUGGAAAUUUACUCAACUUUUCCAAAUAAUUAAAGUUUUUAGUUUUCUGUUGAGGGUAUGUUGCAUUUAGAAACUUUAAAAAUGUGUGAAUACAUCAAUGCAACAUUCCCUCUCAUCUAAAGAUUGCACUUUUGAGGGAUUAUUAAAGUUUGUAGAAAGCCAACUCAUCGAUUAGAGAAGGGAGUGUCCAUGCGUUCGACUCUGAGACCCUGAAACCUGACAUUUGCAGAGGAUUUGAGAGUUGAUGGCUGAUGAGUAUUUGUUUAGAGAGCAUGAAUGUUGACAACCAUUACACAUCCAGAGAGCGAGAGGGUGAAAAUGACUUGCUCUCAGGGGCCUUGACAACCUUUGCCCUGCCAGCUCUCGUUUCAGGCCUUGUAAUUGCCACUGACCAAUGGGCUCCCGUUUGAAACUAGACCCUAGGCUGCAGCUAUUAACGUCCCCCUCCAAACGGAUCUUGUUUUGAUUCCUGAUGCUUUUAUAGGUUUUGUCUUUAGGAGACAUUCCUGGUCGGCACAUACCGUGCACCCCUUUCUGCCCCUAUUUUCCUUCCUUCCCGUCUUGUGGGGCCAUUGCCUCCCCCUCCCUACACUCACAAACAUACACAGCAAUGACGACUCUUUGCAAAUGUGUGUGUGUGUGUGUAGCACUAGAGCUACUGACCAGCCCACCCUCCCCAGGCCCCUCCUGACAGCCAGCUACACUCCAUGAACUUGGCCACCCGUCACAGCUGCGUUAAGAUUGAAGGAUGGGGGGCCCUUGUAUCCAGCUGGGUCGGAAGACAUGGGUGGGGGCAGGGCAGGCCCAGAUGCAGAUGGUUUAGGUCAAAUGGAGAUGUUUGAGGAUGAAGGGGGAGGGGGACACAGGAGCUCAGGGGCACAAUAACUCCAGAGGUUACUCCUCCAACCCCUGGAAAAAUGCUCUCUUGGAGUUUGAGUAUAUAUUAGUUUUCAUGUGUUUGUGUUGCAGAAAGGUGGCAGUUGUUGAGACUAGUUGAGACUUAACUUUGUUUUUUUAGCACGACAUGAACCUUUGACCUCCAGUCACUGUCAACCUGAUGGGCUUUCCUCAGGUAAAAUCAAAUUAACACCUUUUGAAAAAGGCCGUUGAGGUCAGAGAACUUCUGUGGAAUCACAAAUUUGGGGGAACAGACAACAUCCCUCCUCCAGUUCUGACUGAAUUAGUUGAUCUGCUCUCUUAUCACUCUGUAUCUCCAUUACUGUACAAUUGAAUGGAAGUGAAAUGCUAAAAUCCUUUUACCAGUACAAUCCUGAUCUUUUCUUCACGUGCUUUUAAUCACGUCUGCUUCUCCACCUCAUCUGUAUUUCUCUCUUUCUGUUGCAGAAUGGGACUGCAGGCUGGGCUGAUGAGGCUGACAGUAGCAGAGGAAGAGGAGAGGCCUCAAGAGACUUUGCUAAGGUGAGCAUUUGGAAGCAGUUAUCACAGGAUGGCUCGAGUCAUGAACUGAAAAUAUCAGAACAAAUACACUAAAUCUUUCACUUCGAUCAAAGACUGAAAAAUGAGAUGCCUCAUGUUGGUAUGCACUUAUGUUUUGUGCCUUUGUAAGAAGAAGACACUAACAGAGCUCAGCUGUAAUUAUUUCAAAUCAGUUUUGAUCACCUGACGGUACAUCUUUAGUAAAUUUAGAUUCAGUGCAGCAAAAUCAUAAGAAUGAUGCACAUAUUAAAGUGAUGACACAAUUUCCCUCUGAUUUCUGUCCACCAAUCUCUGAGUUAUAACAAGAAAGAGUGCAGCUGCACAUUAAUGUUAAAAGUCUUCAGGUUGAUCAUCCUGUUUUGCAAGUUUGCAUGCUUCAUCUGGUAUUACCGUCUAACAAGUGGGUACAACCGAUGUUAUCCAAAGGCAGAAAUGUUGGUUGUAAAUUUUUUGAAAACGAUUAGCCUCUGGUAUUGUGUCUAUUAAGUUCUGACUUAUCGCUGCAGGACAUAAAUAAAAACAGCUAGAUGCUGCAAAUUUGUGCACUGUGAGUAUUUUUUAAGCUUCUGAUUUCUCUUUCAGCUGUAUGAGCUGGACAAUGACCCCAAAAGGAAAGAGUUUUUGGAUGACCUCUUCACCUUCAUGCAGAAACGAGGUAAGAUUUGUCUUUGGAAAAUACACAUCACUAGAUUUUAGCAUGAGUGAAACCCAGUGUUUUAGAUGAGGUUCAUAUCAGAUCGUUGAACACACCAGGAUCAUUUCCUUCCAAGGUGUUUCUCUUGAGAGUUCAACUUGUUCGAAGUACAGAUCCAGCUCUGUAAUUUCAGGCUUCAUAUCCUGUAGACGGUUCACUAUCAACAAGAAACUGUUAACUCGACCAACACGCCCUCUUAAAUCAAGCCUUGUGUUUUCAUUAAAUCCGUUAUCCUGUCCAGAAAUUACCUUUCCAGUAUGAAUCGCCGCUAAGAGCUACCACAAAUGUGACAUUGGCCUGUGUUAAUUUCCCACCCUCUGCUCGUGUGGAAAAGCAAAUACCACUCCACUUCCAUUUCUUCAGAGUCAUUUCCUGCCUCAGAGAGAGGAGGGGCUUUUUUUUUUUUGCUUUUUUACACAGCAUCUGUAAGUGUGUUUACUCAUCUCACAGGGUUGUCGAGUGCGCUGUGUCACUGAUCAACUCCAAAAAAAAAAAAAAAAACAACAUGCUGUAACUCUCACUGGCAAAGAAAUCCUUUACUAAUUCCCCUCCCCGGAGUAAAGGCCUUAAGGGGUCAGCAGGUGAGGCCUGUCUCUGUUGAUCCUGUGGUUCUGCAGCAUCAGAGCCAAGAGGAUCUGGCAGUGGCCUAACUUAUUUAGUUGGCCAACAGACGGGGAGGCUCAGCUGACCGCGUGCUGCUUUGACACUGCGUACAAGACCUCUGUAACCAGUGCAGCUAAUGGACUUAGGCUUUUAUCAGACAAAUCUGUUACCAAGCAUGCUGCAUGGCUUGUGCAAUACCUCCCAAGGUGAAUCACAAUGUUAUUACAGUGUUGCAUACUUUACAUGAUGUUUUGGCAGGCUGUGAUGGGUGAUGAUGGUCUGCGAGUCUGUGUGUGUGUGUGUGUGUGGUUCAUACAUCAAUGUGUUUUGUCACAGGCUAUGAUGGGUGAUACCAUAUGUAUGCAUGUGUGUAUAUGACACGUGGUUUGUUUUGUCAGACUGUGACGGAUGAUGAUGGUGCGCACAUUUGUGUAGACUGGUUCGUGUGCAUUUAUGUGCGUGUGUGUGUGUGUGUGUGUGUACUCCUGCACAUGUGUCAGCGUGCUCACAUCCACCAGAACAGCAGCUCCUGGUUGUCUGGUCUGGCGUGAGCACCCAGAGGUCUUGUUUGGAGGUUGAUGAAUUAAGCCGAGUCAGAGGGACGGGAUCUGUCAGGGUCCUGUUAGCAUCUCUGUCCAGUGGCAGACACUGGGAGUGGUUGGCUGACCCUUUACUCACGCUGGUCAGACAAAGAAAUCCAUCAAACUGACUAAAAUGCCACCUGACAGCAGAUAACUGGCUGAUUAGGCCGAGCCAUGUCACAUCCUUUGUACUAGAUGCAAUACAAAAAGGGUUUACAAAAGUGAAUAAAUCCCCAUUUUUUUCUACUUAAACCGUUUUUUACAUUUAUAUAAAAAAGCAAAUUGACUUGUAACUCCUUAUUAAUCUAUCUGAAAGAAUUAGCCCAGAAAUAAGCAAAGUCAUUAAAAACACAAUAAACACAAAGACCAGUUCAAAAGACAUGAGCACAAAACCAUAAAAGUGAUUAGGAGGUAAGGGAUUAAGUAUAGUGAGUGGGUAGUUGUGCUUAUUAGAAUAGCUGACAGGGUGACCAGAACCCUGAUGCAAAGCCAACGGGGUCAUGUCUCAUCCUGAAGGGAUCGUCUGUAGUUGUCUACCAGCUUAACGCUCAAAACAAGUUGACACAAGACAUCAAUUAAAAGAUGAUGCUAAUGGUACAGAGUGUCAGCAAUGUUUCCAUGGCAACAGAUAUUUAUGAGCUUACUUGCAGGGUAAUUAAUGUAAUAUUUUGAUUCAUGGUGAACGGGAUUUCUGCAGAAAUGUUCAUGUUCACAUUUACUGUCAUCAUCCAGCUCUCCUUCUUCUCAAAGCUUGGCAGUGAUCAUAACUUUAGCAAAAGAUGAUGCAACUGCGUCAACUAGGGCUGAUAAAUCAAUUAAUCACAUUUGUGGUUUUGCAAGAUUAACUAAAAGAAGGUCAAGAUUUUGUCUUUCUCUGCUGCUUCGCCUGUUUAGCCCCUAACCCUUAUUCAGUUCCUGCAAAGAUAAACAUGCGUGACAACAAUUUGGCUGCUUGCAUGAUUGAGUUUAUUACCAAUAACUUCUUAGUCUUCUUGUUGGUUUGGAAUUGGAUUGAUUUAAUAUGAUGUGUAUGAUAAGACUGUCCCUACUAUCACUUCUGCAGCUGAGAAUUGAUGACUUUUAUCAUGAGGUUUAGACCAAUCAGAACCAAAUAUUCAACACAGUCUGGUAAUGAAGCAGGUUUAAAAGUCGGCAGGAGAGGAGCUAGUGUGAUAAACAGAGAUGCCCCCCCCCCCCCUUUGAAGCUAAAGAUAGAUUUCAAAACCAGAGCUCAUGUUGUUACCUGCCGGCUAACUUGUUUGGCUGAAUUACAUUUCCAGCGUGAAUUAUAAUGAGUGCAACUUGAAUCGGCUCACACGGAUCAAGUGUCUGCAUCACCAUCAUCAGCACAAGUGACCAGCAGCGAGGGGGGUUACAGGGUCAGUGCUUCACAACGGUUGUAACAAAUAUAACUGCGUCUCCAGAGUGCUCAUCUAUAAUAGAGAAGUGUGAGGCAAGGAAAAGAAUAUACACAGAGAAAUUAAUGUUGUUAUUUAUAUAUGUAGUGAUGGAGGAAUGGAAAAAAAUGAAACUCAUACAUUUUUAACUCCAAAGGUGAGAAACAAGCAGUCAAGGCUUCUCAGUGCUUCAAAUAUGGAUGCAGGAAAUGACGGGGGAUGUUUCUGUUGACAUUAGAGACCUGAUGCUAGCAUUGUACAGGAGCGAAGGGUAUAAUUUCAGCUACUCUGGUGCGAGCGUUUCACCCCUCCCUUUAAGACGAGAGGCACUUGGCUGACCUCUGCUGUCUCUCAAACAAGAAUCUUAAUCACAGGGAACAAAUUGCUUUGCUGGAUUCCCUUUUUGCUCUCAGUGCCAAGACUAUAUGAGAUGAAGAGCAAGCUCUGCUAAGCUCUUGUUGAUGGCACCAUCUAAUUACUGUGCAUUUACUCCUCCUCCCUUUUCACUUCAUAGAUAUGAGGUCAAGAUUAUUGCUCUCUUUUUUUGUAAUGAGAGAGUACUUAGAGAGCCUUUUUUAAUCUAAUGUCACCACGUGGAAGAGGGCGAGGAGUAACAGCUGGUGGAGAAGGAAAUGUCAGCGUCUUCAUUUAACCGACCUCAUAAGCAGAAAGCUAGAAAAACAAUCUGACUUUGUGAAACAGAUUGAGAGGUUAGGUGAAAUCCAGUGCAAUCUCUGGAUAGAGAGAGACAAAUGGUGAAGUGCUGUUCCCACCUCGUCGUGGGGCCUCAAGGCCUUGGGAGGAAAGCAACAGCGGAAGGAAAACUUACGAGGGAUUCCCAUUUCCUGCCCCCGCGCUUAAAAACAGGCACGUGUGUGUGCAUGUAUGUGUGUGUGUGUGUGUAAGUGUGGUAACGGUUGAGGAAUUUUAGCAGCUGUCCUAAAUCCUGUCUGUGUGUAAAGGGGCCCACUGAUGGGCUGUGUAUCAAAGAAAUGGCAGAAAACACAGAUGCAAACCCUCCUCGGCAGAUCGCACUAAUGACUUAAACUACUUUAAGGUCCAAGUUUUGGGGCUCUUUGGCUUUUACCAUCAUGCUUUUGAUGUUUGUUGCCUUUUAAUCAUAUAUUGGUGAAUUCAGGUUUAUACCACUAAAGAAUGAGGGAUUUGCAAUUAUAUAGAUUUUAAUGGUAUUGUGAUUGAAGUAUCUAUAAAAUCACUGUGUAGAGGUCUAAAUUAAUUGCAAUAAAAAGAAAAGGUUUUGCAUAUAAGUAAAAAAAAGCGAUCCUUUCUCACUCUGCAUGGUUAAAUAUAGUGAAAGACAGAUCAAUUAAAUGCCUUAUCAAUUGAUCAGGCUGAUGGCAUUUUGACAUAAUCUGCAUCAUAUUGGGAUUGGCCAUAGAAAGCUGAUACCACCAUUGUCUUUUUAAAAUGAAAACAUAUUUUUACCAUCACCAAUGAGAGCAUAUCAAAUAUAAACACACAUUAAGAAUUUUUGAUAAUCUGAGAGUAUUUUUUAGGUGAUAUGUUACUGCGCCAAGUUUUACCGUCUACAUUUCUUUAAUGGAAGAAUUCUCUCGAGUUCAGUGAGGCUGUUUCUCGUUUCCUAGUGUGAAUGAAUUGUUUUAUUUCAUCAAAUACAAAGACCAGCAACUUGAAAGCGGCAUUAUAUAAAGGCCAUCAAAACAAUGUCAUUCAAUUACUACCUUUCACCUGCCAGACAGAGUCCUGGGCAUAAUGACUAUACUUUCACACAUGCAAAUGCUGUCAGAUAAAUCUAAAAUUAGCUAUUGGCCACAUUAAAUAAUUAAUGCUGAUGCUGACAUGUUGAAAGAUGGUAUUUUGUAAAACAUGGAGAUCAGCAGAUCGACUUAAACGGUGAGUUAGCAUGGCCCCAGGUAGCCCAGCGGUUAAGGCACGCACCCCAAGUAUAGCAGCUUUAGUCCUCCUUGCGGCAGCAGCUGGUUUGACUUUCAGCUUUGACCCUUUGCUACAUGUCUCCCCCUCUCUAUUCCCUACAUUAACUCCUGUCCUUCAGCAGACAUUUUAAACAAGGCAAAAAAAAAAGUAUAAACAUUUACACAAUCAUCACACUCUGCAUUAGUUCAUGACUUUAACUGCAGCGCACUACUUAUUUCUCUCACGUCAAGCAGGUCUAAGAGCCUCCCUGCACUUAUACUGAAAGUUAGCUAAUGCCUCUACAUGCAAAUGUCAUGUAAAUGCAUCAGACCUGCUCAUGUCUGAAGAAGGUAGGCGGAGAACAUUAGCCUCUGAGUUACAUCAACAUCACUGUUCAUCAUAUCCAUUACAUGUUGUGCUGUUUCACCCCCGCUGGGAGUGCCGAAGAAAACGCUUCGACACCGGCUCAACGCCAUUAACCACCUCAAAGCUUUUCGAUCAAGCAGAUGGGUGAAUGUUUGUUUUGUUUUGACACCCGGCCACUUUCUCGUUUUGGAUGGGGGUGUAGGAGCAGGAGGUGGGGUUGUGAAAAGGUAAUCAUGAGGGGGUGGGGGGGAGUGGCAAGGGAGGCCGCGGGAGCUACGGGUGUGCGAUCAAGGAAAAAAAAAAGGAAGAAAAUAAAAAGAGUGAUGCAGCCAACUGCCUGUCAGCGCUGUCCACUUGAGAUGAUUAAUGGCUAGAGGCUGUGAUGGACAGAGGCAGAGAGAGAGAGGCUCCUGUUCAGUGAAAUCACCACUGGAGGAGGGAGGGGGGGCAGAGGGGGGAAAGACAAGUGUUUUAGCUCCUUCUGCUCCGGCUAGAAACCCCACACGUCGCGGUCAGCGGAGGCUACAUCCACCCUGGUGUGACACUCUUAAUGGCGAGUGUAGAUUCAGCUUAAGAGGGGCCACAUGGUGUGCAUUCGCCGCUCUAGAGUUAUUUUAGGGGAAAAUCCCUACGUAUUAGAUGUAGGCUUGUUAAUAGUAAUAAAGUGGUAAGCCGGACUUGUCUUUGCCAUUAUGUUGCAGUGGUCUUGAUGGGGCUGAAGACGGAUGUAUAGAAUUAGAGGAAGGAGUAGGAGGGAAGGGAAGGAGAUGGUAAUGAUUACAAUUAAGAUGUGUCACUCUGCUGCAGUGAAAACCAAUGAUGGAGGCUGUCUCUGCUGUUCCAGUAAAUCUACAUUCAGUGCCUUUACAUGUAUUUCAAAAGUGCAGCUUUGUUUGGCUUUUCACAAGAAAUUAAUUUUACCGUAAACAUGUCAAUCCAUCUGAAAUCACUGUGUUUCAAAGUUCUUAAACACAGACUAAGACAGUCAGGGAUUGGUCUUCUCCUGCAUCUACACACAAACUGGCCUACAAGUUGUCUUCACGCUCCACAGCUCAAACAUGAGGUUCUGACCCUAAAUUCAAACAACAUAAAUGCAAAAGAGGACACUGGGUUGUGGAUGAAACCUCUGCAGAUGAAGAAGUAAACAAAAAGAAACUAUUGUAUGGUUUGUGUGAAACGCACACGACUCUGAAGCUUUCCAUGUGUUUAUUAUUGGACAUACAGCCUCCUGCUAACCUGUUUGCCAGUUUGUUUUGGUAUGUGAUGUUAGAGGUCCACAGGAAGAAGGUCCAGUAAAUCCUGAAUAUAUUGCCAGGUGCUUGUUUAAUGGGGCAAGGACGGUCAAUCAGUCAGUUAUCUUCAUUUGUAUUAUUCUUAUUUAUACAGUGCUAAUUCACACUAAGUGUUGUCCCAAAUCGCAGGUCUCGACUGCACUCUUAGUUUAUUUAGAUAGACUCAAGACCAAAUAUCAAGAUAGAGUAAGAAUCAGUCCCAUCACUCAGUCUUAUCUUAAUCCACCAUGAGCAGAGCUUUUUGCAGCAGCUAGCAAGUUAAAGUCAGUGGCUGCACUGUUAAGUCAAGCUGCGGUUAUAGCUCAGUUAGGGGAUUUAAUUGGACUACUGCCCUUGUCCCAGUUUGCAAGCAUGGAGCAAGUACAGAUUUAUUGACAGAAGGAUUUCCCCACUCACUACAGUAGCUGGCUUCAUGCCCUUGUUCAGGUUGUUCCUACUGGAUUAUCUCCUAUUUGACUUACGGCGACAUAUCCCAAAACAACUGGCAAAACACAUUGGCAAGUGGCUUAUGGGACAUAUGUGGAAUGUAGGGCUGCAGCUAUUGAAUAUUUCAGUAAUCGAGCAUUCUACCGAAUAUUCCAUCGAUUAAUCGAGUAAUCGGAUAAAACAUCAUUUUCUUGAGUUAAUGAUCGUGAAAAAAUCGUGGAACAAUCAUGAGCGGUAGUGGAUAGCAAUGCUCGUAAGAAAGCUAAUUAUGAUGUUAGCUUUCAUCAUGUCCCUAAAGACAUUAGCGUCCGAGAGCUGAAUAGUUCCUAUGUUACCUGCUUCUUCUACUACAUCGGCAAUGAUAGGCUGCAAGCUAGCGUAAAGAGGAGUGUGCAGAGCAGCGCUGUCUCCGCCCACGACUUAGAGGCAAAUUGCUAAUGAGGUACUGGAGCUCUACAGAAGAAAAGCCUCUCUCAUCAUUCGUUUUUUUCUGCUCCGCAAAACCAAAACAGUGCGAUUUGAGCUUAUAUACGAGUACAAGAGGCAGAGAAAAUUCCUUGAUCAUUUUUUGUGAUGGAGGUACUCAAGGAAUUGUUUCAGCCCUAGUCUAAUGAUGAAAACACCACUGCAUUUACAGCCCUGCAUCUUUUGUUUGUACAACAGCACUGCUUCAUCAAAUUUUUUGGUCAUUUCAUCCUCUAUUGAGGUUUUGAUAACUACCCACUUCCUAACAAUACAUUUAUUCAAGUCAGCUUCUGGAUCCAAGUCUGGCGUAUAGGCACUUUUCCAAGUAUGUUAGUCUGAGGGUGAGGAGUUAAAGUGUGAUUUCACUCAGACUGAUGUUUUUUUUUUCUGUUUUAAAAGCCCAGUGUCAGUCAGACUAAUGCAACAAAUGGAUUUUUUUAAAAACAUAUAAAUGUACUGAGUGGCAGGGAAAGACUUUCUCAUAACAGGCAGGAACCACAAGCAAAACCAGACUCAUGUUGAGACGGUCAUUUGCUGCCACACUAAACUACCUAGAUAAGCUUUUAUUGUAGCUUGACUUAAAUGUGUGUAGCUGCCAGUUACAGUUUCACACAGAAACUGAGCAAAGAUGGACUUAAAUUUGGUGUUAUCAAAGUUAGGAAAGUCAAUUUGUUGAUGUGCUUCUCUUUCAAAAUUUGUUUUUCUUUAAUUGAGAGUGAAUGAGAGGAGCAAACCACUGCUAUUAAUAAAAAAAAGUUCAAAUCAACAUUUAAUACAACAAGGCACAUAAUUUGACUGCCCCUUCUUCAUAUGAACAUGUUUCUGAAUCAGUAUAAUUGUCCAGUAUUUGUGGUGUGGGAAGAGUGGCCUCCCAGCAGGACAUUAGAGGAAGUUCCCUAACUGUAACCCUGAGACCGAGAGCUCUGUCCACACCAAUUACAGCAUGAAUGGGCUCUGGGGGAUCCAUGUAUGCAUUAUAUUACUCCCCCGGUCAGCCUCACACUGGCCCUCGUAACAGGCGGGACCUCUGUACAAACACCACACUACAAUAGGAACAUUCUCUGGCUCUUUGAUACGGCCUCAUUUUCCUUUUAGUUAACACCCCACAACUUCUGGAAAGUGGCAGCACCUGGUUGGGUUAACAACAAAAACACUGGGCUUAGUGAGAACAUUUGUCCGGUUUAAAUGUGAGUGUUGGAUUGUGUUUUCAUUUGAGCAGACCUUUUGAACUGCUACUUUGCAAGAAAAAAGUAUUGCACCGUUUCCAAAAGAGGUUCUCCUCUUCAAAUAGUACUUCCUGUUUUGACUCUUCAAAGACACAAUUCUCAAGAAAGACUCAGUUGUGUUGGCUUGAAGCGUGUUUUACACAAAGUGUCGUUAGGAAAUUACGUUUCGUCCCCUCUUGUCUUUCAUUCUUUAUGUCUCCGACCCCUUCCUCCCCCCCUACCCUCACCCCAUUCUCCUCCCCCCUCUGUUUAUUGUGCUACAGUUACAACCACUGAAAUUUGAUAACACCAUGGGGGAUAGGGGUGGAGGGCCAUGCUGUGGCCCGCUUGGUGAGGCCAGAGGGGGGGUGGCGGUGGGGGCUGGAUUAAGGGGCCUCCUGUCCUACACGGGAUGAUUAAUGAUCUCCAAAUAAGUGGGGGCCAACCUUUUUGAUAGCGCAACGCUGACGGACAGCAGACAAGGGAGUGACCGUCGUGUGUCUGUACGUGUGAAAAGUGGAAAAAGGAGAGGAUGAAGGAUGAAGAGGGCAGACAGGGAGACCACAGUAGGAGACAGGGUGCCAGGGUGACGGAGGGGAGGUUAAGGAAGGCGUCGUCCAGCUUGUGUGGAAACGAGGCCACGCGCUUUCAUGUCCCUUUGAAAGCACUGACAGCAGCAUGGAGCUGACCGAGCUCACCAGCCAGGCAGAAAGAUAAUCAAGCAAACGCAAUAAAAGACCAGCAGUGGCAGUAAAGGGCCCCCAAUCUCAGGAAAGGGUGGGGACCCAAAUGAUACUCUGAUUCAAACCACCGCUUUCUAAUCAUUACCCCAAGAGAGACUCCAAAAGAAGAGACCAAACUAUUCUCAUUGGAUACAUUCCCCCCCAAUGCAUUUGUGAUCAAACAUUUUGUGGGCAGCAUGUUGAUGUAUUUGAGGGCUGCGAUUAUCUUUUCCCUUGGUAAACUCCACCCGUCUGCAGGCAAAUUACAGCCCAGCCUUUUGGGAACAAGCACAUUUAUGGUGGUUAUGCUCCUCUCUUCCUUCAAAACAAAGAGAAAUAGUAGUUUUCCUGAUGUUGUGUGUGUGUGUGAGCGUGCCUGGAGAUCGUAGAUUAAAAUCUUCAGACUUUUUAUUUUUUUUUGUUUUUGUUUGUUUCGUGCCCACCAAGACUGCUCUUUGUGUCUCUUCCUCCUUCUGUCUCCUCAUCCCAACCCCCAAUCUGAACUGCCUCGCUGUUAUUUCCUCUGCCAGACUGUUCCUCAGCUCUGGAUUGCCACUGUGUUGUCCAUCUUUAAUUACGACCAUACUGUACAGGGAUUUGAGUCUCUAAGCUGCAGAGCUGGGAGAUUCUUAAUCACCAGGCUCAUACGUAAAUGAGCAGGGAAGAGGACGACCAGUUCAGGCCUCUAGCAGAUUCAUGCUUCCCAGCAAGGUCAUCGGUCAGGGUAAAAAUAACACCGGCCGCUCAGCACACCCAUGUAUCUUGAUUUGUCAUCUGUGGAAUACAUUUGCAAAUACUCGGAGAAACAAAUGUGGCAAUCAAAUUAUGUCCUCUUUGUUACAGGAACCUGGUGUAACGAGAAAACAGCAUGGGACAAAAAGAUAUUUGACUUCCAGGAAAAGCAGAAGUGUUUCUGAGAGGAAAUGGUGUAAAAAAAAACGACAGAAGCAAGUAGAAAUGUUGUUUUUUUCUGCACCGUAAAAGCAGUGCACAGGCGUGGUAACCACACCUUUAGUUUAAAAUUUCAUUUUAAUUGGACAGAUGUAGGUGAGCUAAAACAGUCAAGCCAGGAUGAGUUUUUUCAUUUACUCUUCUUAAUCGAAUUUCACAUCCAUUUCUGGGAAUGUUUCCAGUCACUUCAAAAAAUCACCCACACCUUUGAUGAUACAUUCAUCCUUUUCCUCGAUUUUCUCUCAUGCAGGCUUUGUUAAACUGUUCCCACACUAAAUAAUCCUGCGAUCAACAAAUUUCCCAAACUUGUGCUAUCUCUGCAUAUCUGCGUGUCUUGCUUCUCCAUCUGUGUCCUGUGUGUGCUCUUAAAGCAAAGCUUCCUGGCCUCCACACCCCUGUGAUGGAUGGUAUGAAACACAUUACAGCCCCCAGAGGAGCCCUACACCAGUACAAUAGCCCUGAGCUCACUUCCAGUGCAGCUCUGCAGCAGUGUUGCAUAAGCCACACAGUAACGCAGAUCUGAGUGCAAAGGGGCCUAAUGGAAAACAAGACGCUUGAUUUGAGGGAAGGAAUGGACAUGAAACACACAGAUGGCAGAGGCUCCAGCCUCUUUGUGGAUGGCACUGAAGACUGAUGUGGUCUGUUGUUUGUUAGCAUAUACAUCUCUACAUAAAAGUAGCAGCUAAGUUAUAAAAGAUGAGCGUGCAAAGAGAAGUUUUGAUCUUGUGCAAGUUGACUUUUCAUGGUGUUGUAUUCAGUGUGUCACAAUCCCCCUCCCUCCUGACAUUUGGCCGUGUUGUGUAACUCCUCUAAAAGUAUUAAAAGCUUCGAGGGAUUAAGAAUUAUUUGUGGUUUACAUAAAGUAUUAAGCAGUCUUCAGGGGGUGGGAACACAGCUAACUCAUAACUCACCAUAUAAUACCUGAUACCUGGUCUAUGAAAACAACAGUGUCACAAUUGCAGGACUAUUUAUAUGAUACACCAGGAUAUCUGAUUAACUGGAGGAUACAACAUGUCUCUGGGUUUUUGCAAUUAUUGAUGAGAUAAGUUAAAGUUGAAGGGAAAUCUGCUUAGAGAGGAAGACUAUUUUUAAAUCAAAAUGCCAAUAUUUGGCGCCAGUAAUGUCAAAAUUGAAUUACACAAUAAAGGAUGAUAAUAUAUGACCAUCUCAGAAUCGUCCCACCCCUACUGUCAGAGGUUUGUUUUUUUAAAUUUGAAAUAGUUUUAUUUUUAACGUUACAAUCUAAUCAUUCUCUACUGCUGACCUCCAUUUGAAGCCCCUCUGCAUUAAGACCAUCAGCUGAAUCCCUGAAAGGUAAAUGUGUGACUUACUGUCAUGGAUUCCUAAAGCCAAAAGUAAUUAGCAUUGAUGGGGGUUAAAAUUUUCAAGAUGAGUGCACAACCCCCCCAUGAUCCCCCUCUCUCUCUCUCUCUCUCUAUUUCUCUCUAUCUCUCUCUCUCUCUCUCUCUGUCCUCGGUUUAUAGCAGCUGAUGUCUCCCGUAUUGAUUGGUGGUGCUGGGGCCCAAAUGGGGCUCGUCAGCUGAUGGCUUUAUCUGUCAGUCCGGGUGUCCAUUGAUUGGAGCAGUUAGCUGUGUUAUAAUGCCUGAUAGGAGGGAGACCCUCAAUGUCGCACCUGCCAGUGAAGACAUCACUGCUUACUCUUAAAACCAGCCGUCCCAGUCAGACCAGUGAGCUGCGACCGACGUUUGUCACAGAUGACCUCAUUCUCACCGCUCAGAGUCCAGUUUAAAAUUUGUAUUCAUGCACAUUUCAUUCGUAUAUCAGUUUCAGUCCUUUUGCUCCUUGCGUUUUCUAGAUUUUGUACCAUGUAUACCCAUAUUAUACAUCUCCUCUUUUCUUGUCACAUACCUCUCUUUCUUUAGGAUUUCUUGUUAACCUGGUUCAAGCUACUGGAGUGGAAAAAGUAAAGCCGAACCUCUGCAGCUUUAUCACAGGAAUCUACAGUUGAUACCUUAGCCCCUCCCUCUAUUAUGCGUACAACAUGCCAUUGUCGUGUUGCUGUGACAUAUACAUUCUUGACAUUUCUACUCAGAUCAGAGUUGGCUGUUUACAAGGCCAAGCUAUUGGGUUACUUUUCUCCCACUUGAUCUUCCAGUCAGAUGUACGUAAAUAUAGAGCAGAGGUCAUCCUCUAUGUUUGACUAAGCUCUUAAGUUUUCGAUGCUGACGUAAAGACACAUGAGAUCGUAUUUAGGGGUUAGUAUUUAGUGUUUGAUGUAGUGGAAUUAUGUUUUUGGUGAAUUACACUCAAAACAGGUUUUAAUAGGGAUACUCAGUGUUAAUUACUUUACAUAUUAUAAUGGUCUCAUGCUCGCUCUUGAGUGCAUUUGGAUGGAAAACAGCUUUUAUUGACAUUUAACUGUAAGUCACAAUACAGGCCUGUACCAUGAGUGUUUAUAAGUGCUGCAUAUGUCAACAAAGAUUUAACCUCCCCCUCCUCCAACAACCACUAACUGUAAAUUUCCUCUCGCUGUCACCUGCAGUUCACUCUUUUAUCUUAAGCCUUUGUUGCAGACAUCACUCUCUCCUACACCCUCCCACCCUCUUUUUCUAUACAUCCUGCUCAAGCUCUAUCAAGACCUCUGCAAGACAGUGAGAAAAUCCGCUUGUUUUACUCUAGUACCACCAGAAAAGGUGAAAUACAUAGGUAUAAACCCUUAAAAUAACUUAAUUUAACCGUUUGCAACUAUAUAUUUCCAGCCCUUUCACAUUAAUCCGUUUUAAUACCGGUGUAAACACGCAGAGAAGAUGUGCUUCAGGUGCAAGAGUGAGACGAAGGAUCAUCUCAGCUAAAUCUCAGCAGCGUGUUUCAAAGAAGUGACUUAAUUAUACCUUUAAGGAAAGAAAAGGGGGAAACUCAGGUUCUCUAGAAGCACCGGUGCAACACAACUUUCAACAAAACAAGCCUUACCAGAAUUAUGAAAAGAGGGUGGAGAAAUGUUCGCACUCUACAUGCAGGCAUGUGUCAUGCAUGAGUAAUGCAACAGGUUUGAGUGGCUGCUGCAGUCAGAGUGUGGGCGGACAACCCACAGAGCUAUAGAAAUUAUGCUACUUGUUUAAUCAGUGUGUUGAGAUUGGUCUCAACAAUCUAGAAGAUAUUUGGAUCACACUAGAACCAUAAAGUGAGUGUUGGAACUGCUGGCUGGUCAAAGCUCUGGCCUCAGAACGGUGAGCUGCAAAUUCAUCAGACACCUGCUCAUUGAAACAUGUUAACUAGAUAAAGACAAGCAUUCACAGAUGAUUGUCUGCAGAUCUUGGCUGCAAAACCUGAUCCAUGACGCAGCCUGAAGCACUGAUGGAUGGAUGCAUUAAGAUACACAAAGAAGACACACUAAUAUUCCCUUUUUGACAUGCGGAAGGAAAUGCAUUUCACAAGUGAGAGUGCGAAAGUUUACUAGAAAACGGUUCCCUUCAACUAUCUCUCUACUGCUCCUGCUUUAAUAGACCCAUCAUUUUUUUUAUGUUUUUAUGUCAGAAGUUUAUGACAAGACAUGCACUGCCUGCAUUGUUUGAAUUUUCUCUUUUCAACAAGUCUCGACUUGCUGUGGAUACAUGACAUGAUAACUUGUGGAAAACAUCGGGGCGUGUCUUUGUAAAGUGACACAUGUUUCAUAUGAACUGAGCUGUGGGAGUCUAUCAUAAAACCAUUAUUUUCACAAAGUCUAACUAACAUAUCUCAUAUGUGGACUAUGUUACUGGGAUCCUUCAGAAAUUGAGAGAGCAGUGACCCAUGCAAACCAUGCCGUAUAAGAAACAUCGACCAUCCCUCUGCCCAUCCCUCCAUUCAGUCGUCCAUCCAUUCAUCCAUCUCUCUGUCAGCUCUGUAUCAGCUUGUGAUGAUUGGGGUCUGGUCAGUUGAUCUGCCGGGUCUCUGGGGAACGAGAAGACUUAAGUUACAGUUGGAGAGGCCAUCUCACUUUUCGCGCCAUCCAACCUUUUCAGUCCCCCUCCCCCUCUAUUUCGCCAGGUGACCCAUCUUCAUGACCCACGGAGGAGGAGUCAUGUUUCUCUCUUUUUCUUCCUCCCUCUGUCUUCUCUCUGUACGUCUCUCUAAUUCAUUUUAAAGAUAUCUUAUUGGAUUAACCGUCAAGACUGGCUCAAGACGAGAGCUAACAGUGCCUCAGACAUUAAAUAAAGCUGUACCAGGCUUUUCAGUGCAGAGAUUUAUCUCUAAAUAGCACUUGACAAACUUUAAUCUUGUAAUUCAAGUUUUAAUAGUGUCAUUAUUUGUAGUCUGACAGCCUCCCUAGUGUGUGAGAAGCACCCAGCGAGAUUUACGGCUUCUGGCUGUUGUUUGGAGUCUUGCCAGUUUUGUAAUGUUUUACACCACAGGCUGCAGCGGUUGACAGUGCACAGACAGACAGCUCCUUUAAUAAACUGGCUGCCUGUGUGCCGUAAUAAUUCUUACCAAGAAACUCCUCUCACUGUUUCUUGAGUAAAUAUGGCUUUAAGUGUCAAAUCCAUCAUCUGUGUUUGCUUUCUCUUGUAGUAUCUGCUCUUUUUAUUCAGAUUGUACAAGAGAAAACUCUGUAAUGGUUCAAUGAAAUAAAAGAACAAUUUAAGAUAUAUUAUUAUGAUUCGGCAGCUUUACAAGAAAAGCGCGAUCUUCUCUCAAACCAGCGUGGGUGGUUUGACACUAAUGAAACUCGAAUCAAGAUUUUGAUCAAAAUCAGUUUCUCUGAUUUUCUUUCCUACAGAAGUUUUGGUUUUAGGUUUUGGUUUCAGGCAGAGCAGUAUCAGCUUGUAUUUAGCUGCUGGGUUUUGUUUCUAUAUUUGCGCCUCCCUUCUGCCACAUUCGUGAUGUGUUAGAGUGGUGGGGUUGUGGGGCAAAGUCGAUCUGCCUUUAAUCUACCAAAAGAGGUAACAGAGGCGUAAUGGGGUAAAAAUGGUGUCACAGUGGGGCAGGCAUGGCAGAACGGCGUAAUCACACCCUGGUGUAAAAAAAAAGAUUUUCUCAGAUCAAAACUUUUUUUUUUAAUCAGUACACAUUUAAAUUUUUUUGUUGGAAAGAUCAUACCUGAUAGUUUCGGUACAGUCCUGGAAACUAAACCUCACUAAAUUCUCGUAAAGGUGAAGCUACAAAACGUGAGGAAACAGUGACAAUUCAUUGCCGGGUUGAGUUGUCGAUUAUUCUUUUAUUCGUAUGAGCACUUUUGUCUUUGAAUCACAGAUAAUAAACCAUGAAGAAUAGCACGCUUUGUGUUUGUCAUACAUUUUUAACACUUGUAUACACAGCUCAGAUGACAAAGUGACAACACGCUAUGAGCUGACACUGAAACAAAAAGAGCAUUGCACAUUGUUAGUGAAUAUUUUUAUUCAGUUGUUGCACGUCUUUAUUUCAUAUUCAGCUAACAGGUAGAAGAAAGAGUCGUGUUUCAUGUUUUUCAUCAUGGUGAAAUACAGUGAGGAGGUGGAGAUGUGUUAUUAUUACGUUCUCUCCCUUUGUGUUGCCUCGCUCCCUUUGUGUGUCUCUCUGCCUGUCUGCCUCUGUCAAUUCACAUUAAUUGCAUUUUAUUGACAUGACAGGAAUGAAACCUAUGCAUCCAACACCAUAGAGCAUAUCGACCCACAUCCUAUUUUAUAGACCUCACUAGACAACUGUCCCUCUCUUUCUAUCCCAGUGUCUGUUUCUCUACCAGCUGUGGCUUUAGCUUCAUGCUUAGAAUAGCGAUGUAUCUUAAGUGUAACGUUACAUUUAACUUCCCUUAUGUGGAGGGGACGUAUCUCUAACACUUGAUAUGAAUUGGUCUGUCAUGCGAGUGAGUGGUGGUGGCUCUGCCUGGACUAAAGAUAGCAAAUUCCAUACUCUCAAGGCUUUUUUACCUUUUAUGUCCCUGGCCAUGCAUUAAAAAUAAAACAAACGUGCCCCGGCUUACAGCAGGCUCCUGACAAUAUGCUGCCCUGACGUACGAACAUAUAAACUAAACAGCCAGGGGCUGCUCGACAUAAAGUAAACUCAAAGCAUGUGCAGUCCAGACACUUGUCUCUCCUGUUAGUGUCUCUCUGUCCUCGGUUAAUGAAGGGCUUGGACUGCUGUUGAUUUAUAAUACCUAAAACCAUCUUUUUAUGGCAAAGUAUAAAUUACUUAAAAUAAUCUACUCAGGUGUACUUAAUAAUGCAUUUCUUAUCUUUUUCAAAACAAGAGAUUUUCUGUUGUGUUGUAGCUUUUGUUAGUAAAACUCAUAAUAUUAAUAUUUGAUGGGAAAAAAUAACAUUGCACCAGAAGAUCGAUUUCAUUUUGAAGAGCAAAAAGAUGUGUUAUAUCAUGAAAUAAUGUCCUUUUUGAGCAGAAAUCAACAAAAUACAUAGAUGAUAGUAUAACCGUUAAUUCUUCAAGCUCUCUGCCAAUCAUACUCCAUAGAUCCAAACACAAAUACAUAAAAUAAACAACUUUAAUACAGCACCUGCUAAGAGGGACUCCAAUAAAUACCAGCAAAAAAAUUGUUUUAUUUACUCUAAAGUUUUAUUGAUUGUCUUUGUUUCCGUUUGAAGUAAAAAAAAAAAAAAAAAGAGGAAAUGUUUUACUCUGCUUUGUCUUUAAAUUAUUCUAGCUCAUUUGUUUUUGUUUGAACUUUAUCAGACUGUGUCUACACGACGGCAUCUUUAUUUUAAAAAGGAGUGUUUUAUUACUCAAACAUCCUCCAGCAAGAUAAGAGUUUGAGCAGCGUCCAGAACUAAUCCUUGUCAAUACUAACACAGCUGAAAACACAUGACAUCAGCAUUCACAUACAUUUAGCAUUGACACAAUGGUGUUCACGGACACCUCAAAGGUCAUGUCACCCAAAACAGUGAUGCCAUGUCGCACCCAGGAUGUCACCAGAGACAGGACAGACUGGAAUAUACGCCUGUCUGUUUUACAAGUGGGCAAUAGAAGCUCUAAAAAAAAAAGAUAUUUUACCUGUAUAUCCAAAGUUAGCAGUGACAGUAUAGUUGGCUAAGCCUGUGAUCAUUUAUCCUUGCUGAAAUAACCACUGCUUGUUCAGAUUUUGUGACAAUUUCCUCUAUUGAAACAUGUGGAAGUGCUAAACAGGAAUGUCCUGAUACAACUUUUUUACCUUCGAUACAAUACAGAUAUUGUAGCCUUCAGUAUUGGCCAAUACCGAUAUUGAUCCGAUAUUAGCACAAACUUGUGCAUGACAAGUUUUGCACUCAGCUGCAACAUUUUUUUCAGAGUUUAACAAAAAAUACUGCCUCACGGCUGACAUCACUCCUACUUUUUGCUACUUUGUUAGUAUCUAAGUACACACUGUUGUUGUGAUUAUGUAGGUUGUGUCUGAAAUGGACUGCUUGUAUUGGAUUACUGAUAUUGAAGAUUUUGGAUAAAGGCCGAUAUAAUCCAAUAUUUAUUUUUUUGCUGAUAUCGGACCGAUAUUUGAUACUAAUAUCGUAUUGGGAGAACCUUAGUGCCAAAACCUGCAGUUCCUUGAGAGACCACUAGAGGCUGGCUCCAAAAGUCAGAGAAGCCUCAUCAGUGCUCUUACACAUUCUUCAAAACGGACUUAAACAAGACGGUUGAUUUUUUUUUUUCUUUUUUUUUCUUUUACUGUGUGUUUUGAUAAAAGCUGAUCAUUUUUACACAUAUCGAGAUUGUGAUUUGACUGACAGUUGAGUGUUAGCUACGUGCCAGGCGGUCCGUACAACACCUCUUUAGCCCUCCUUGUACCACAACUCAGCAACAGGACUGAAACUGAGUUCUGCCAUCAUUCAUCACUGGGCCUCUGCUUACACAUUUACACCUUGAAAUGGCAUGAUAGUGGCGUCCCAGUGUGUGAUUUCACAUCACAUUACAGAAUUGUAGAAGCACGAAUGAUACAGCUUGUAAACACACACCGGGAGUUUCACACUCAGACAUGCACUCACACACGGCACUGUGCCGCCCUGCAGGCUCAAAGGCUGCAAAUCGCCCUCUUCUCCGACUACCUCCAAAGCAGGAUCAGAGGUAAAAUGAGUUUGCCUGCGUAUGUUAUACACUGAGAGUAACAGGGAGUAGCCGAGAUAUAUAUCUAGCCUGGAAAUAGCAGUGUCUUAGCACCAUUUGUCUAUUUCUAGGUUAACCGGAAAUUGGAGUCAGCAUUUUCAACCAUCAUUACUGAGCUUUAAAAAACCUCUUCAAACUCUGGAGAGUCAUGUCACUGAAACUCUGUCCAUAUUUUUUACAGUUUAUAAUUUUACUGAUGUUUUUUCUCUUUUGAAAAAGGCUUGACACAGAAAGAAAGGGCGUGAAAAGACUGAUAGGGCUAAUGUAGCUGGAGAGUCAGAGUGUAGACGCAGGUGUAUUAAAUUGACCCAGAGAACCCGAGCGUGGCCCAGGUCGAGUUUAAUCUGACGUGUAGAUAUGGAGUGACGGAGGAAGAAGGUGUGAGUUGCUAGCAGGGGUGUGUGUGCUCUGAAAGGACUUGCCAUGAGGCCAGGGGCUGUUUGUUUUGGCUGACACCUUCCUCACAGCAGUAAUCCAGUCUUUCUCCAGCUGGCUGGCUACUACACCUCCCCCUCUCCAUUUCUUUUUUUCCUUUUUCAUCCUUCCUUCCCGACUAUUUUCUUUUCUCACCCAUCUCUCUGCUGAUCUCUUUUAUACCACCUUUCUCUGCUUCUCUUUUUUAUUGUUUUUCUUUCCUUCCUGCUGCAAAAAUGUGAAUACUCUAAGUCCAAAAAAGGUCAAUCAAUCCACCCAGAUUCAUCUUUUUGAAUUGAUCACUAUAUUCAAAGCAGCCAAAGCCAGUGAGGUUGUUGUGUGACGUUUCCUUCCCUCUCUUCUUUCUUGACUGUAGAUGAGUGGUGUAACCUCACACCAGCUAAUGCUCAUUCAGUAAAAAAUUAAUUUCCUGUGUUGUCCGCUGGAAGGCUGUCGCUCUCUGUCACUUAAUUAUUUAAAAAAUGCCCAUCAUGUGAAGUCAGCGAUAUGUAAUUUACCACUGCUGGCGUCAGGGGCACCCGAUUGAUUUAUUAUAGAAGGCCUUUAAUGUGAACAGCUGUUUCCUACUAAAAAUAGGUCAGGGGUCAGAUCAAAUGACCUUGUUCCUUUUAUUUUGUUCCUCACACUGAGAGAGAAAGAGCGGCUUUGGUGUGUGAAGUGGGAAAUGGUCGUGUUUAGUUUAGACCUACAGUCUGCCUCUGUUUGUGAGCGAUUUCCUCAACGCUUCGGGGCCAGUCUAAGUGACUACUUCAACAAAUGAGAUAGUCUGUAUCAGAAUUAAUAUCUAAAAGACUUUUUACUUGAUAAGAUGUUUCUCUAGAUAAGUGGUUCUUAAGUCCAGUCCUCGAGGCCCACUGUCCAACACACCUGAUUCAAAUGAUCAGCUCGUUAUCAAGCUCUGUAAUGGUUUAAUAACGAGCUGAUCAUUUGAAUCAGGUGUGUGGACUUGAGAACCACUGCUCUAGAUAAAUCCCUUCCCUUUCAUGCUGUUGUGUGUAAGUAAAUCCUCCCGUUCAGAGGUUACAGACACCAAAACUUUUCAAAGUAAGGGUUUAAAAUGCAAAACUCUCUCCAAACGUCUGAAUCAAGCUCUCACUCCCCUUCUGUCUGACUCUCUAUCUGCGUCUCUUAUCAUGAGAAGUCUAGCCGUUUGAAGACUUGCCGUGUGGCUCUUGUGUUCUCACUGGAAGCUGGAGGAAGGACUUAGGGAGUGGUUCAGGGGCCCUCAGCCGUGGCACUUCCCACCAGAGUGACCUCUGACCCCUGGUGCCAUUAAUCACUAGGCUCCUGAUGGCCCUGUCCCUGGGGGAAAAUCAGUCCGGGGCAAAGGAUGAUGGGAGGUGAAGCCUGCAGCCAAUUACAGAUCGUCUCAGAGCAGCCAAGUGGACAAAUCGGGGCUUUACAGGGGGAUGAAAUACCCAAUGGUUGCCUGCCUGAGGUCUGCAUAUCCUGGUGCCAGGAAGUGGUCUCGUGUCAUUGCUGAUCAUGAUGUCUCUCUGAGGAAAAAUAAGCAAUAAAAAAUUCAAACAGCAGGACAGGGUGCAUAUUGAGGGAGCUGUGAGGCUGCAGAGUUGGGUUGCUGUGAUCAAAAGCGAUGUGCUACACCAGUCUAAUUAAGCCUGUUAGAGCUAAAUGUCUCCAGGGUUGGAAACGGAGCAGAUGUCGGACACCAAAGGCAGGCGGCACGUUGAUUCCCGUAAAUUAGGGAACUCUCUGGCCAACUGCCCGGGUGUUGCUAAUGUGAUUUUUGGUCAAUUACGGUUUUAUCAAAGGUGCUUUCAUAUUGGGCUCGGGGGGUAUGCUGACAUUUGAAACCUGGCUGAUGUCAGCGGUGACUUAUUAAUGCUGUUUUAGGUUUUCUGCUGCACUUGUAGACAAGUGUUUUGUUUGGAAAAAAAGUCCCACACUGCAGACUUUUUCCCUCUCUGAAGCUAAUCCAGCCUGUUUUGUCUGACUCUUGUUCUGCUCUCUGUAAAAAGGUCCCUGUAAAUACAUUAAACCUGAUCUGAUUUGACAGCAGCUAUUGAUGAAGGGCUGAAUAAAAGCAUAGGCGUGAAUUAAAGCCUAACUAACUGCUGGCCUGUCACUAUGGGGCCAGCGCUGUUGUGUCUCAUUUGUUUUGCUCUCAUUGUUCACGUCCAGGCCAGUAUGAAAACAUGGCUUCCUGCUGACCUGCAGUUUAAUUCACACAUCAAUAACCCCUGGCUGAUCUCUGACCCCUCCAGUUGUACUAAUUGUUUGAUGCAGGAUUGAUGUCCAGCGCUGCAUUAAAUAACUGACGAGGCCGGCAGCAAAGCAUUCCUGCUGCUUUGAUCUGCUGCGUGUUCUGGAAAUGUUGCUACUGCAAAGAGAAAAGGGGGGAAAGUCUGCGUUCUCCAUUUACUUUACUACAGCCACACAGAAUGGAAAAAACAAACUUAGAGCCUUUAAAAAAAGAGACGACCUUGAUUUAGUUGCAGUUAUUUAUUAUCACAUCAAAUGACUGGUUGUAUUUUUAUUAUAUAUAUAUAAACACUAGUUUAUGCGCUUUUUCCAAGUGAGUAUAAAAAGUAUAUAAAUGCAUGUUCCUAUAAAUUAAAAAAAUACAAUAAUAUGCAUUAAAGGAUUAGGGCUAAUCUCUCUUAUUGGAUAACUAAAUGGGCGUACAGACGUGACAUUAAAUACUUAAUCAUUGUUCCCUUCCUGUCCUCACGCUCUCAACAAAGCUAAUCCACAUUAACUGUAAAGGAAGCCGGCAUCUUGGCAGCACCUUUCUUGGUUUGCGAUUUUGUUAAUUGGUUCUGGAGAUAACAUGGCUGUUUUCCCAGAACAGCAUUUUCUGCGGCUUUGACAAGCUGAACAAAAUUAUCCAUGUACAGCACAUCGUGUUGCUGAUGCCUCCUUACUGGGUUAGAGGAGGCUUUCCAGUUCUGUUUAAAGGGCAAGUUUGCUCUUAGUAUAUCUAAUGAAUAUCUAAUGUCACGACCAGUUUCAAUUAAUGCAAAAUAACACCAUCAUGUAUCAGAGAUUUAUCAGUUUAGGACGGCACUUACAAACUUGAAAAGGUGUUUUUUUUUUGUUUCUUUGUUUGUUUGUUUGUUUUUAGGGAGAUUUUACUAGAUUGUAUCAGAUUUUAUGUAAUUAUUUUUUAUUUAUUUAUUCAUAUUUUUAAUUUGAUGAAAUACAAAUGCAGACAAUUAGAACACAUGAAAAGUAGAAAACAAAACAUGAAUUCCAUAUUUUUUGGAGAGCGAAAAGGAGUAGGUUGAAGCUAUUUAGUUUGAAUUCGAUUUAAAACAUUAACCUUAAACACUUCAACCCUUCCUAUGGCAACCUUAAACGUUUGUCAGGAGUUGAUCUUUUUUACGAUAAUAUCCAUAAACAAUAACUUUUUUGGGUGUGUCACUCAUUCGGUGUCCAGUUUAAUUGUAAAGAUGAGAGUAGUAGCCUUUUCCUCCCUUUAGCCUUCAAUUCCUAAAACCUUACUGAAAUCUAUCCGUUGCAGUAUUUGCAUGUAGAAUGAAGAAACCAUGUUGGCAAACAGUGAUUGUUCAAUGUCGAAGCCUCAACGGCUUUCCCAACCCCCAUCUAUAGACUCAGUGUUCAAUAAUGACAUGUAUAUUAGCAGGUUACAACCAUCUCCCACCUUACCCAAACACAGUCCUGCCUUUGUUGUCUAUAAAUCUGUUACAUUUCCAGAUUAACUAAAGAGUGAUUAUUAUCCAACACUCUGAGCAGUGGAUGUAUCCUUAGGUCCUGCUGCACCACCACCACCAUAUUAGAGCUCUUAUUAAGCAGUGUGCUUAACAGGUCAGAGCCGUGGCCCCCUGACACUGCUGCCACACCUUCCUGAUCUUAUGUAGGUCCAUGUGUUCACCUGGCCCCUUGCACAUGGCUUUAAGACAUGUUGCUAACUUAAGAAAAUGAAUCAGGGCUAAUCUUCAUGGCCUGAUCACUCUGCUAUUUUACAAAGUCAUUAAUGAGUCUGAUUCCAGGUUAAGAGCAGCCUGUGGAGGGGCUGAAGGAUUGCCUGGCAUUAGCUGCGAGGGCAAAUCUGCGCGGCUCCCCUGCACCGGGCCCGGCAGCACUAACAGCAGAGGGGUGUGGAUUUACUCGGUACAAUCCUCUAAAUGAGCUUCAUUAUACUGGCCUAUCCAGGAGCCCCCCACCCACCGCUGCUCAUGGAUUAGCAGGCCGUCACAAUCCCCGGUCCCCUCCUCCCGCUCCAUGCUUACACUGUUGCACAUUGCACUUUUUGAUUCUGUUGCAUACGGCAAACCACCCCCACCCCUCCUCCUCCUCUCCCCCUCCUCAUCGUCCUCCUCCCCACGCGCUCCCUGCAAGCUCCACUGCAGAUAAGCUGUUGACAAGAUUAAUGCAUCUGUAUCAAAAGUCUAGAGCCGCUUUGCUUUGUGUUGUUUGCGAAUCCCCUUUUCCAGGUCAAGCCAGAUUGCCUUAACUGGGCUAAUAUGUUUUCAAGCCAAAUUUAACAGGCGGUCCAGGCAACAGGCCUGCUCACCCUUGUCCUACCAGCAUCCUGACAGCUCUUAGAUCAGCUUUGACCUCACAUGAUGACCCUGUUAAGUUUCAGUAUUAAUAAGUGAGAAAUAAUUGCAGUGCUCUGAGUUCAUCCUGUGAUAUCUUUCACACUUUGGCAGAAAUAAACAUGUUAUUCAUUUGAGGUGAUAAUAUCUCUGUCUAAGGGAAAUGUUGAAUAAUAUAGUGUUCAGUCUAGUUUUGCUUUCACACACAAACAUGCAUUUUGAAAUCAAAUUCAUCCGCAGGAAAGCAUUCAUUGUGCGCCACUUAGCUAAUCCAAUUCAGAUGCAUAAUUUAUACCGUAUUGAUUUAUUUUAUGUUUUUUCCUCUCUUCUAUAGGAACCCCAGUCAAUCGUAUCCCCAUCAUGGCCAAGCAGGUCCUGGAUCUGUACAUGCUUUACAAACUGGUGACCGAGAAGGGAGGCCUGGUGGAGGUUAUCAACAAGAAGAUCUGGAGAGAAAUCACAAAGGGACUCAACCUGCCUACCUCCAUCACCAGUGCAGCUUUCACUCUGCGCACACAGUAAGUCUUUGUGUCAGCUCCCUGCUCCGUCUGAUGUAAAUCUUAUGUAAACCAUGAUUUAAUUUACUGGAUGUAAAUAAAGAAUUUCAAGUGUGCCACUUCUAUGCUGGAACAAGCACCUUCCUUAUGCCAUAAAUACUCUGUUUAUGUACGAGUAUGUGUGUGUGUGUCUGCUAGUAUGUGGAUUUGCGUGUGUCACUAUGAGUACGGAUGUCAAUAUUAACCCUUGCCUCUGUGUUUAUACACAUGCAAGUUUGUUUCCUCCACUGGGCCACCUUCCCUCUUCACAUUCAAUCCCUUCGUCCAUUACAUCACACAUAGAGUCCAUUGAUUCCCAUAGAUUUAUUGAUGUGAUUUGGGUCAGAGUUCACAAUGACUAAGGUGGGGUUUGACUGACAGCCUCUUCACGAGCCUCAGCUCCGACUCUCCAGCUCUCCUUGAGUAGAUGUAACACCUCUCGAUGCUGUCCACUAGCAGCGUGCCCUAAUGAACCUUUAUGUAUUUUUAAUGUUGCAGGACUGUUGUGUAGCAUUUUUCCUCCAGCUCUAUCUAAUGGACGCUCCUCUUAGCAUCUUAUUGAUCCUGUUCCACCAUUAUGUAGCGUGUACUGUAUGCUUAUUUCACCCUAUAAAAGACAUGUCAGAGCUGUGCCUGCACGUAUAUUUCAGCAUGCGCUUUAAUCAAAAUUUUCAUCAAAUUCUUCAGUGCAACUUAAGUUUGUCUGCAAGACUAACUGUCAGACAUCUGGAGUAACCUGAUUUCGUGGACGUCAUGUAAAGAAGAGGACCUGGUUUCUAUAAUCAGGGGCAGCUAUUAGAGAAUCACAGUAAACACGGUGACAUUUCUCCCGGACAAACCGCAUUUUUCUGACGUCUGUACGCGCGUAACCAGGCGUCAGACAAGGUUUAAAUGUGUGAAUGAGCAUGAAGGGGUCUGGACUGUGAGACAAUGCCGGUGAUAAAAGGAUCGUUCUCAUCGCUGCUAUUUUCCUCUUUCACAAGAUUAAGCCUCAACCUGUGACUUAAGCGGAAAUGAACCUAAAGAAAAACAAUUUUAACAACUAUAGCAAACCAGUUUUUACAGCUCAAAGGCAGACGCUGAGAAAUUUUUACCUGAGGAGAAAUUUGGACCUCUUCCUAGUAAAAAUUUACCUUCAACCUAGAUCUGCCUACAAUAGAAAAUGUACAAUCAGUGAACAUUUGAUAUUACUGAUAACAUAGCUGAUAUGUUUACGUAUUCUCUUUAAAAACAGGUUUGCACAGCUAUUUCACUGCAGUACCUUCAAACACAGUAGUUUGUUGUAGUUAUUUUCUUCCUCAUUUAAAGAACAAAGUUUAAUUUAAUCCAAACAAACUAAAUUAUUCUGAUUAUAAACUGAUCAAACGCAACAUGGUAUAUAACAGUAAAAACUUAAAACCUGUCUGUGCUUAAGAGGGAUAAAGGUAUUUAAGCUUUUAUCCCAACGUGUUUGAAAUACUGUGUUGUUUUUGCACCAAUCCAACCUGCUCUCACAAAGUAAUUUAGUAACAGUAAAUCUUAUUCUGUGGUAAUCUGACAUGCGUCCUUUUGUCCGUGCAUUUUCAUUUUAGGUACAUGAAAUAUCUGUAUCCGUAUGAGUGUGAAAGGAAAGGCCUCAGCUCCCCCGGCGAGCUCCAAGCCGCCAUCGACAGUAACCGCCGCGAGGGUCGUCGUCCCAGCUACAGCAGCAGCCUCUUCCGCUUCUCUCCUUCUCCCAGCACUGCUCCCCACAUCCUCUCACCUCCCAAGAUGCACCUCUCAGCUCUUGGAGCGGGAGCCUCAGCAGCCCUUAACGGCCUGCAGGCUUCACCAGGACCCUCUCUGAAGAAAGGUAAGAACCAAACACUAGACAUCUGGAUUGAGGGUUUCUGAUGGUGUGGUUUUUCAAUGUUUAUCAGUUGUUACAUUUGGGAAAAUAUCAGCUGCCACGUGUUUAACUCACAUAUGCUUAAAGUCUUAAGAGUGGGGCGUAUAUUUUUUUCCACAUAUAAACAAUUUUUCUGAAUGUUGGGGUCACUCUCCUGAACUAGCCUGCCUGCAGGUGAACAGGCAGCAUGCAUUUAGGGUGGCUUUAGGGGGAGGACGAGGGUCUCUGGAGAUAAAAAAAACAGACAUACAUACAUGAACAUACUCAGAAAGGCCUCUCAGGCUUGAUGAAGGUUAUAUUAAACUGGGUAAAUGUUUACCUCAGAGAAUGCAGCCACUCUGUACCGGUUGGAUUGAACUGGAGUGUUCCAGUUACUCAAGCACUGAGAUCAUUAGCAUACGAAGGGAAAUACUGCCCCCUGUCACCAGUCAGGAAAACUGCACUUAGCAACAGCAAUGGAUAAACAAGAGCAAGACUGCUCAUGCCAAUAAUGCUUCAGUUCAAGUGACCUUAGGGUGUGUUUUAAAAUUUAUGCAUAAUUAAAAUUUAACGUAUUUUUAAAUCUCUUGCAAAAAUGUAGAAAUAAUGCAUUUGCACUGAUACCUUGUCUUACAAUCCUCCAACAUGCCGUGGUUUUCCCGCCAUCAGUGUGUGUGUGUGUACUUUUAAGUGUUUUUAUAUGACUUUGUUAUUGCUAGUGUGUAUGUGUCAGGUCCAUCCAGGUGUUUAGGAGUCCAUGUGUGAACCUCUUUAGCCUCAGGCAGCAGAGAGCCCUCACCUUUACUACUGAUUAAUAACACGGUUCCCACGCCGGGGGUCUCUUUAUGAACUUUGAAGCCUCAGACCACAUCAGUGGGAUCCUGUUGAUAACUGUCAUUACGCCUCUGUCUUAUCUGAUGUCACUUUGACUUGACUGGAAUGUGACUCCGCCGUGGACUCUGAGAGUGUUCAUGGUUUUGAGUGUGUGCGUGUAAUGUGCAGUACUUUACCUGUCAGUGUGUUUAUGUGGUAGUAUAGGAUAGCACAUGGUUGGACUGACCCAGUCUGUCACUUUUGAUGUGUGAGUGCUUUGCAUACCAGAAACCAGCUCUGAUUUGUGUUUAUUGAAAUCAGUGGUGGGAUUCUGGGAAGACUGGGACCAGAAUGGUAUUUACAAGAAGAUCACAGCGGGGCUCAUUGAAUAAUGGUUUAAUCUUUAUACAACCUAGACCAGUGGUUCUCAAGUCCAGUCCUCGAGGCCCACCUGAUUCAAAUGAUUAUCUCGUUAUCAAGCCAUUACAGAGCUUGAUAACGAGCUGAUCAUUUGAAUCAGGUGUGUUGGAGCAGGGAAACAUCCAAAACAUGCAGGACAGUGGGCCUCAAGGACUGGACUUGAGAACCACUGACUGACACUAAGUAAAGAGUAUAUUUCAUACUCUUUUGGUGAUUUUAAAUUAGUUUAUAGUUUAAAGAAAUUAUUUUGUUCGAAUUGUAAUUCCUACUGAAAUCUAUGUGAAAUCCACCUCUGAGCUUUUCGAGCCCUGAAAAUAUUCCCUUAACCUUCCAUAACCUUGUUUUUUUUUUGUCGUAUAGAUAUUUUUAUAAUUUCUUUUCAUAUUCUGAAUGGUCAACUAAUACUGUUUUUUAAACUGUAGAUCAUUAAACAGUUUGUUGGCUGAUUGCCCAUUUGAAAUACUGAUAUUAGGGUUCGAUUUAAACUGGUUUUACAGGGCAGAUACUGAGUAUUAGUAGUUCAUGAGACCAGUCACUGUUGUAAAGAACCAACAUUUUGGACCAAUGUGUGUUGACAGUAAAAGUUUUGAAUUUGUAAUAAUGCAAAUUUCAAAACAAAACUUUGUUUAAAUGCCUGAAGCAAAGAUUUAAUAAAAACUGGAAUGUUUAAAGUUUAUCAAGCAGUUUAAUCCCACAGUCUUGUGACAUCUAGACAAUAAUAGUGUUGUGGUCGAGAUAUAAAUGAUAAGCCCCAAUAAAGCGACCCAUCCAAUAAGAUUUUCCAUUUCUGAAAUAUUUAGACAAGAAUGAACAAAAAGCCUAGGGUACAAAAAAGUCCUGUAUUUGUUGCUGACUCUGUCUCUAAGAACUUUAUUGAUCCCUGAAGGGAAAUUCAUGUAAGUCUUGGCCAAGUUCUCUGCAUCUGUAGCCAUUGCGGAUUAAUAGACCCCUUCAUAACUUAAAACUGGAGAGCUUGCCAUAUAAGAAUGAGUACUUAAAGUAAUUGUUGUGGUGCUGAGGGGUUCUCUGCCAGACCCUUGUGGAUUCAUACUGCAUCAAUUGUGAGGACAGAGUGACUUCAUUCACUUUUUAAAACUUGCUGACUGUCUUUUACUCUAGUUUGCACCUCAGCCAUAUUUAAUGAAAAAAUUAGAUUGAUUAAAUUAAACCAGCCGGCUCUGUCUCCUUGGUAUUCUUAUCUGAACUGUACUUUGAGAGUCUCCUGUAAAGUAGGCAAAGCAUGGGCAACCAUAUAAAUGGUUAUAAUUCUGGAAUUUAUAUUUCGACUGUGUUGAUAAUGAAUCCAGCUGAAUAGAUAAAACAUACCCUCCAUUCAUCUCUCUUCCAGAUGACCUGACCCCCUCCAUCAUGGCAGCCAGACCCUCUAUGGCACUUGCCCUGGGUCAGCAGCAAGUUGCUGGUUUGGCCAGAGCCGCCACUCUUGAGCAGCUGAGGGAAAAACUUGAGACCGGUGUAGAGGGACCAGAGAGGAAGAUGGCUCGUCUGGCAGAGGAGCAGCAGCGCCUGAUGCAACAGGCUUUCCAACAUAAUCUGCUGGCUAUGGCCUCCCAAAUGCCAAUGAACCUCCGCCUUGGAGCCCCCACCAUCACCACCAGAGGUCAGUGCUGCUCAUCUGUAUUCAAAUUCAACUUUAUGUAUAUGGUACUUUUCAUACAAGAAUGUAAUUCAAAGUGCCUCACAGAGACUAAAAACAACAAUAAAACCUGACCCUUCCACCUACACACACUGAAUUCUGUGGAAAGAAACUGGAAAUGAUGCAAAUAUGGUACAUUUCUGUAGAAUCAAAACAGGAACUUAGAGUUGGGAAAGUUGUUCUUUAAAAAGUUUGUUACAUAAACUUAUGAACCAACACCCACCUGCUUGUUCUAUAUGUCCAUUCUGGUUUCUUGAUAAACACUUUGACUCAUACUUUCUCUUAAGUAACCUCUAGUGGAUAUGAAACGAUGGAAAGGACAGUGAUCGAAGAGUUUCACUUUUCUGAGUAAGCCUUUCAAAAUAAAUGAUGUAAAUCUGUUUUUUUCCUCAGAAGAGAAACAGCAGGACAUGUCUCUGAGCAUCUCUACCAAUGGAAAUGCCAGCAUCACUGUCUCAGUGGAGGUCAAUGGCACAAUCUACUCAGGUUUGUAAACAGCCUUUUUUUCACAGCUGUGUUAACACUCAGUUCUGAUCGGUCAUUUUGUAGAAAAGGCUAGUGUGUUUAUAUCAAGUUUAAUGUGAGAAAUAACAGCCAAGUUUUCUGAUUUAAAAAGGCCACAGAGUUAACUUUACUGUGAUACAGCUCCAACCAUGAGAGUAACAAACUAUUUUCACUUGGAGUAAUGUCCAGUGAGUGGUAUGUAAUAGCCCUGAAAACAGACUUUAUCCCAUAAUCCAGUGCAGUGUCUAUUUCAGACUUUAUGCCCACUGAGCAUUUUUGGUCUAAAAAAGGUCUAAAAGACGUCUAAAUGUAGCCUAGACAACUGGUCUAAAGUCAGGCUACCACAGGUCUAAAAAUUAAAAUUUUGUAGACGUCUAAAUUUAGACAUAGUUUAGACCAAGUCUAAAUCUGGGCUGUGUCUAUACUACACUGUAUAUUGCUCAGCAGCUAUCAUAAUUACUUUGGUUAAGUUCUUGGAGAUCAGUUAUUUAACUCACUGUUGCAUUUUGAAAUAAAUAGUUAUCGAAUAAUGGGUUAAAGUGCAACGUCUGAAUUCCAUCUGAAAAUAAACAGAAUCUAGACGUUGAAAUUAGGUCUAAAAAAAAAAGAAGUGUCCCACAGCCGCCUGUUGCUCAGCUGGCGGUAAUUUCCAAAUCUAGAGGACUGUAAAUAUAGUUCCUGAUCUUUGACCUCUGCUAUCUAUGGUUAUGUCUGUCAACUUAUAUAAGUGCUUUUUAUACCUAAACCCUUUCUGUCUUGAAUCCUCCAUGUUAAUAAUUUCCAAUCCUCUUACAGGAACCCUGUUUGCCCAGAAGUCCGGAGGGGCCCCGGGGCCCUCUGUGUCGGCUGCUGCUGCCUCAGCCUCCCCUGCUGGAACCAGCACUAGCUUUGGUUUCUCUGCACCCUUGGCUCAGACCCUCAGCCCCUCGUCCUCCUCCUCCUCUAAGGGUCCAAGCUCGACUGAGCCGGCCCCCAGCGGGUCCCCCUAACUCAGGCUGCCCUCUGUACCUGCUCCUCAGGCCCCUCUUCCACUAGGCGGCCCAGCAAGAAGAUACAGUACAAUGAGAAACCGCAAAGAAUAACAAACUGUUGCACAACAAAUACCUCAUCAACCCUGUCAACCUCUUGGCUGUCCAAUCAUGAACACAGAGCCCGAGAAUAUUAUACGACAACAUGUGCCCAAACGCACAGCUAUGCAUUUAUUCAACAUACAGACACACUCACGCUACACUACAAACACACACACUCACACACAGUUACACCUAUACAGAGAAACAAUCUACACAAACAGACACUUAUUAAUUAUUAUGAACAUGCUAAACACAAUCAGCUCAGCCAAAACCCACUGACAGGUGUAGUCACAACUGAACUUGAAAAGUUUUAUCUUAGGACAUUUUGUUUGUUUGUUGCCAUUUUGUUGUCUUUUUUUGAUUUUGUGUUUUAGAAUGAUUUUAUUUUUAGUUUUCUCUUUUUACAUACCUCAAAUCAAGUAACCUGCAGUGGUGUCUUUACCUCAGGAGCUGUAGUAUAUUUAACCUGAAUCAACUUUAUUUUUGUAUUCUUUUUGACCUAGUUGCAAUCAGGGGAAGUCGGGUAACUCUCAUCAAUGGAACCUCAUGUACAGAGCACCCACCUGGUAGUGAAAGGCCUCUGACCCAGGCCUGGCUUUAACACGCAGUAGACUUUCACUGAACUCAAGCUGGUGAAUGAGCAGAUGCUGUAGAUCAGCAUAAAAAAAAAAAAAUCCCUGAUUUCAUAACAACAUCCUCAGAUCAGAUCACACGAAACCCACUGAGGAGAUAGGAGGUUUAUCGAUGUACUCAAACCUCCUGAUGUGGACGUGAUCUCUACAUACUCUCAUUAGUAAAUGCACAGGAUGUCAAGUCCUCACGAAUUUAACUUAUUGCUGGUCCGCACAACCUGUCCGUUCACAUGUAGCGCACAAAGUUGGAGGUAGUGCAGAAUCAGGCGCGGAAUCACGUCAACCUGGCGGCGUCAUCGUCAUUGCAUAGUUCUCAGACCUCGUACGGGCCCCUCUGCUUCAGGGGGGCGUCUCUCUUAAACUCUCAGGAAACAACACAACGGCUGCAACAAGAAUCACUGUUCAUUUAAAGGAAAGAGAAAAAAAAGGAGUCAUACCUGAAGAAUGCACAAGUCGACUUGACUUUUUCAAGAGUACCUCAUCAGGCUUUUCCUAAAGGAGAGCUGAACUACAUACCUCAUGUGGCUGCAAAGCCAUCGAGACUUGACGCCCCCGACCCGCAGUGGAACUCCUCCCUGAACUGGAACUGAACACGAUCGUACCGACACAGUGCUGGUGGUUUUAAGGGGGACAAACCCAACUAGGAUGGGCUUGUUCCCUCUCCUUCUCUCUCUUUAUCUCUCUCUCCUCCCAUAUUUACUUGUAGAACGUGUUUUAUGCUUGCUUCCGUUUUCUCUUUUCUUUUAUUUUUGGUUCCUCAAGUUGUUGUCUGAGAAGAGUGAUAUAUAUCUGCAUUUUAUUUUUCAGGGAAGAGUCAAAAAAAAUAGUCGGUUCCUCACUGACUCGUGUAGAUUUUUUUCGGAUUGUGAACAGGUUUCAAGGUUGCAGGAGUCAAAAUAAAAAUUAAAAAAACGACCACAUAAACCUUAUGUUUGACUGCGAGUACGUAAAUCGCAGCGAACGCAUCUUCUUUCAUGACAGCUGCGAAAUUAUAUGCAUGUGUACAAUCAUGUGACCAGUGUCUGAACACCUUAAUCUGCUGGUUAUUGCACAGCUAGAAACCAAAGACUAGCCAGGUCGCUCCUCCUGAUUGAUCCCUCGUACAAUCCUGCCCGAAACCCGCUGUGGUGCACAGCAAGGCAGUUCAUCGUCUAAUGUGGACUGCAAAAAAAGAAAAAAAAGAAAAAGAAAAAAAAAAAACAUCUAAUGACAUUUAAUAUAAUUUUGAGUUUUUUUCUUAAAGCAAGUGAGAAUAUCUUUAGAUGAGUAAAUUUCCCUUGUUUCAUCAUGUAUGGCAUGACUUUGAAAAGUUGAGUAAAUUUGAAACUGGAUCUCAAAGCGAAAAUCUGAUUCCAAAACUUGUACAGACAUCUUUGUGAGCAGAUAUUUAAGUGGAUAUCCAGAACAGCAGUGCGGAUGAGCUCUCACCUCAUUGAAUCCUGUCUGUUUAGUGGCCGUUUGAUUGGGUUUUUAUCUAACACAUAGACUCUUUUAGCCACUAAGGACUGAGGCUUUAUAAGCGUGGCCUCGACUCAAACAGAUUGGUCAACCCUCAAAUUGUAAGGCAUCCUUUUCCCUUUAAUUUUUUAGCAUUUUUGAAAUACCGCAAAGGUUUAAAAAGAAUUUUCUAGCUUUAUGUGUGUUGAAUGUGAGGCAUUUGAAACUGUUUAGAAACCUCCCAAAGCCCAGAUUUAUCCCCGGUGGGCAGCCUUGAUGCUUCUGUUAGACUGUGUUUUAGCCAUUACGUGUCAGGUUUUGCAGACGCUUUGCAGUGCAGAUCACGGUUUGAGGGUUUGAGGACUUUGAGGACGGAGCCACAAGUUCUUCAGGUGACCCCUUCACGACCCUGUAUGACACAUAACUGUAUUUUAUAAAGGUGAGAACUGUAGAAGCUGCCUUAAAGUAGUUGCUGGUGAGAUCCGGCCAGUGCAGGUUUCAUGACUGCGCCGGUUGGGAAAAGUCUUCAAGCUUAAUCCUUUGGAGAGUAAUCACUUUUCUUUUGGUGAGCAGUUCAAUCAGACCUUAGGCUUCAGUUGUUUUUCAUGCUGUUGACAACUGACUUUUACUAUUUAUUUCUUUGUUUAUUUUUUCUCCUGGUGGACCUUGUUUUAGUAACAGUGGAGCUUAAUCAGUUAGGCCGUGUUACUAAAGCACUUUGUUGUUUCCAAGUCCAAGCUUUCUGUUUCAUCUGUUUAGCAAUGACUGUUUGAUAGUGAAGCUUCACUGCCUUUGUAUUUGUGCGUGUGUGCAUGAGUGUGUGUGUGUAUGAAUGACUGUGUGUGUGUGUGAGCAGGUUAAGUCACUGUGUUGCAGCAGGUUUUUGACCUGUGGUACUUGUACAAACAUUAAGAAAACUGUAGGUGGCGCCAAACAUCAAGGCCACUUCAUGGACAAGGAGGUUUUUGAUCAAACACAAGUUUUUGGGACAUUUCCACAAUUUUAUACCUUUUCCUCUCCAUUUGUAAACUGGGAAUUUCCCAGUCAAAUCAUCUGUUUUCUGUUGUUUCAGGGCACUUUGUUGCUCAUUUUUCAGUAGGACUCUAAAACAUCACAGGUGUCAUUCACUCUAAUAUCUGUGCUCCAAACCAGCAGCCCUCUGCUUUCCUUUCUGACCUCCAUUUUUCAGCCACCUGACCUGCUGUAUGGAUGAGUAUACGUGAUGCGUGCAUGUGUGUGUGUGUUUUAGAGACCGCCCCUACCUCGUCAUACCACAAUACCUCAGGGCAGUGGGCUGCAGUCACUGUUGCGAUGUUGGAUGUUGAAGCAUCAUUGAGGGACGAGCACUGACCGAAGCUGCGGUCACUUGGCUGAAUGCUUCUUUGGUUCUGGUGUUGUAUUUUUGUCGUCAGUAACUGCAGGUCUCGUCACUCAGGAAGCUGUGAAGUUGGAAUUCUGCAGAACCUUUUGUCUCUCAGAUGAUUUUGGAGUUAAUUCAGUUUUAAAUUGUUUAAAAAAAAAAAAAAAAACUAACCUGAUCUGUGUAAAAACAGGCGCAUAUGCAAGUGGUUAUCGAAUACCUCAUUUAUCAAUUUUAUGUUGUUGUUUUUGGCUUGUACAAUGCUCCGUAUAUUAAUUCAACUGUGGGGUUUGUGCAUAUUUUUGUACUGUUAUUAUUAUUAUGGACAUGAUAAUAAUGAUAUUACUGAUAUUAUAGUUUUCUCUUUGAUUAAAGCAAACAAAAAAAAAAUGGACAAAACACAUGAAUGCUUGUAAAAACUGGUUUGUGCUGAUUGUAUUUAAGAGGAGCACUUUUCCAAAGUGGUUUUCACACAUUCAGUUUUGUUCAUAUUAGUAAUAUAAAGAUAUGGUUCUCAGGGCUUUAAACUUGUAUGUCAUGAUAAAGUUUUACUUUAUAUCUAAUUUCCUCCUGUGUCUUUUAUUCAUUCUUUUUUAAGUGUCAUGAGCCAAUAGGAAAACAUUUGAUUCACCACCCCUGCUUUUUAUCUUGUGCACAUACAACAGAUUAGACGCCUGGUGGAGCAUUUUCACAUCCCUUUAAGUGAGACAGAAAAAGAAACACUCGAGUCAAGGCUGGUUUCUGUCUCGGGUUCUUCUGUGUCCCUGACAGCCAAAAAAAGUCCAAUCCUUUGGUUAUUCCCCAAGCACAUUGUCCACAGCUAGUUCACUAUGGGUUGAGUUGUUUCGUUUUAUGUUCUAAAUUUGGAAGGUCCCCCUCUAUCACAAUGAUGAUCAGCAGGCUAUCACUCGUGUCCAGGAAAUUUCACAAUGUGACUGGAGGAUAUUUUUUCCUGUCAGGCUUGUCUGUGUUUUUACACUGAAUCACAAAAAGUACAGGCCAGACUGGGGCUUGCUGGUGUUUUCUACAACUUCUACCAAAUUCAGUGAGACUUUAAACCCAGAGAGCACUUUUAACCUGUCAUUUAGCAAAGGCUUUUGUUCAAAGCAUCUGCUAAAUGAUACGUUAAUGUCAGUGUCAGGUGGACAGUGAGCCACAACACUGAAUGAUUACUACUUUAUCCACAGACCAGUAAUAUUACUCCCACUUGAAAACACUUUCAUCACAGUGACUGUAAAUAAGUUUUGGACUCUUUCUUCCUCUGGUCCUGGACUGUGAUUAUUUUAGAGCCGGUUCACUCAGGUUUAAAGACAGGAUCCGGUAGAGUGACAUUUACAGUAAACUGGAGGAAGGAAGUGGAUUUGCAUUUAUAAAAAAAGAGGAACAACACGCAUGAACAAACACAUACAAAUAAGGAUCUAAAAGUACAAAAAUAUAUUUAAACUUUAAAAUAAACAGUAUUUGCACAGAAUAAAGGUUAAACAUUCAACAAAAAAGAGACAUUAGAAACUGUUAAUUCCUUCAUGACUUAAUUAUUUUGUUAAGGUGGGGCUGUGUGAGGUAUUUGUCAGUAUUACAUGUAUUGACCACUCAGGGAUCCCAGUCAGCUCAAAGCUGGAACAGAAGCUGGAGAUCAGCUGCUGCAGACCACCUCUACUCCACCAUGUAAUUAAACUAAUUUUAACUCAUUUUCUGAAUCAGGAUAACGGCAGCUCACAUGAGGCAGGAGUCCAAAUGAGUCCUGUUUUACUGAGCGUAGCUGUUACACUGACCUUUAAUUUUCAAAAGGUAAAUCAGGAAAGUCUUGUGGAAAAUGGCUUGAUAGCUUUUGUACUGGAGCUGCUCUUUCAACAUAUGGAUAUUACAUUCACUAUUGACAAAUACCUCACAGAAACCCACUUCAAAAUCACCAGACCACUCUGUGUAUCAACAGAAUCAACUCAAAAUCAUGGAUGCCAGCUCUGUGCAGGAGCAUUCAGUCUUAACAGAGCUGCAUGAACAUGGAAGCAGAGACACUGUCACUCACAGCUUUGUUAGUUAGAUAUGAUGUUACAAAAAGUUAAAUAUGAACAAACAGACAAUGUAAACAGCAACAUCUUCAACAGAAACUCACAUGUAGAAUAUCUGAUUAUAAAAAGCUACAUUCACCUACGAUGAAACUUAGAAUUCAUACACUCAGAAACAACAAAUCUAUCUAAAACAGCAGAUUAGCUGCAACAACCAAGCCUGAGGUCAAACAGGGCAACAGACCUUAAUCCUGUGAUUUAUUUACACACGUCACACAUAAGUUAACAUCUGAUAUCUGAUGAUAUGGGUAAAAUGUGUUUGCCCUUCGCCCAUCGUGCUAAUUCUUCAAACAUGUUUGAACAAAAUGUAAAGUGCUGAAACUCUAAACUUAAGGUGCUUGAGAAAAAAGUGAGACCUUCUUUCUUAUACGAUGAAAUUUUUGACCAAACUUUACAGAUCUACUGUGGCAAACAUGAGCUGUAGAGACACUUUAAGUGUCACAAAGUCUUACACUGGUUUGCACUUUCUGGCAUAAAUAGAUGUGGGUAAAAAAAAAGUGCAGGUCAGCUGAACAUUUAUGACACCUUUACACUGCCACUUUGUCAUAGUAUGAACAACUUCCCUUUCACACAUAUAAAAACUGUGAAGUGACCAUGCUCUGCAGUUUUGAGGUAGUAUUCAAGAUACAAAAUAACAGCCUGAGGCACCUGUCACCUCUGUACUGAAAGUUUCACAUUACAAGAAACAUCAAAAGACUGAUAAUAAAAAAUAAGUGAGAGUCUAGACUGUUAAAAGUCUCUGGGUUUGUGACAACCCUUCUACACACAACUACAAUCUGUCUACACUGAUUGUAGUGACAAUUUUCUGUAAAUGCAUCUUAAAUCCGACGUCUUCUCUUCAAUCUGCGAGUGGCAUAUUUAUCAGGGGACCUAGUUUUUGCAAAUCUUUCACUAAGCUGGCAUGAUAACAGAAUUAUACUGAGUACAAUUACAAAAAAAAUAAAAUAUUACAUGGUAAAAGUACAUGCAGAAGUUCAUUUAAGCAAUCCAUUAAAAAAAUGAUUGAUUUCUAUAAUCAGUCAAAUAUGAUGUUUGUAGAAAGAAACCAUAGACUGUAUAUACUAUGGACAACUUGGCUCUGCCUUCCACCAGUAUAUGAAUUUGAAGCCAAAAUGCUCUCAGUAUUUCUGGGAUUUUCUCCAUUUCCUGGAACCACCAAAUGCACAAUAGCGUUCUACACAAUCAGCAGGAGAGUUGCUGUGAUGACGCUCUGCUCAAACAGCGUAUCCCCCAGAUGAGCCACACAAUCCCAUAGGCUGUAUCAGGUGUCAAUCAUAGAAAACAUGAACCCCCUAAAAACUUUAAAAAAUGGAGCUGUAAUGAAAAAAAGAAAAUUUUAUAUUCUGUGUAAUAAACUUAUAAGGUUUAUUCACAGCUUUUAUUUAUUUUUGCUGGAGGAGGUGGGAUUCAUGACCUAUACUGAAGCCUGUCACCAGAGGGUGCUGUUCUCACAAAGGCUUCACCCAGGGAGAAGGCAGACAGUGUCCAUUCUAUAUACAGCCUACGAAAGAAACCUACACAAAAAUGUGUGUAUAAACAAAUGCAAACUGCUGGACACAGUGAAUUUUCGAGUCCUCAUGUUUCAGCCAGGUCUACUGUUAAACUGCAGACAAUGUGAGGUGGGUCAACAUGUCACCAUUUUCCUCUUUAAUCUCUGUGGUUGUUUGUUAUUUACUCGAUGCUAGCAGGACAGUCAGCAAACAAACCCACACCAGUGCAGCUGAUGAAUGACUUGCUGCUCUGUUCUCCAGCCUAAGCUGGUACUGCGCCACCACCUUCUUGUACCCGUCCUCCUCUGACACACAUUCAUAGGUUCCCU